GCUCGGGACUAUGGGGCGCAUGCGCGGAGCUGAGAUUCAGCCCGGCGCGCGUGUGCUGACGUCACAGCUUCACCUCUGACCUCUCCCCUCAGGUUUCCCCUCAGACCCGCUUUCCCCGCCGCUAUUCGAGUCUUAUCGCUGAGGCGAAGACGGCGACGCCGCCUCCCUGAGGGAACCGAAGAGAAAGCCGGCUCGGCUUGGAGGCGGAGGCCGCGCGAGGGAGCGAGGGGCGGGGCGUGCUCCUUCCCGGCGCGCCUGCGCACUGGCCGGCAGCUGGGGCGGCGAGCGCACGCGGCGGGGACGCGAGGCGGCUCUGAGGGGAAGCAUGAAGGCCGCCGGGGGAGAAGGGAGCAGCCGGGUGAGGGCCGGGCCGGGCGGGGGGGGAAGAGAAGAGGGGCAGCCCCUCCCCCACGCGAGGAAAGGGGGGCCGGGAAGGCCCUCCGGGGCCGGGGACCUGGCCCGCCCCUGCCUCAUGCCAGAACAACAGCCCCGCGAGGUAGGUGGGUCGGGCUGAGAGGCAGCUGCACGUGGCCCCGUGGAGGAUUCGAACCCAGGCCUGCCUCAGCCCUUGCCCCGUUCUGCUCUCCCCGAGAAGCGCCUGGAGAGCCAGGGCAGGCAAGACCCUGGGGGGCGGCUGCCAGUCAGAGUGGGCAGUGCUGGGUCAGGCGGGCCAGGGGCAUGAGGUGUGGGGUGAGGCACCUUCACGUGUUGUGUUGUAAAUGACCUUGUGGUCCUCGGAUGAAAGGCACUAUAGAAAUCUAGUGAUGGGGAAGAGGAUGGUGCCCCAAGUGCUCCUGAUGAGCAACAGUCUCUGGCUUAUCAGGAGGCAGAAGGGCUCUCUGGGCACUUGGCACCAACCUCAUCACCAUUACUAAAAAAAUAAAAAUAAAUUCUUUUUGGAAAUGAAGCCAGGGCAAGUUCUUUACAAUACAGUGGUACCUCGGGAUGCAAACGGGAUCCGUUCCGGAGCCCCGUUCGCAUUCAGAAGCAAACGUAACUAGCAAUGGCACGUCUGCGCACACUCACGUCGCUUUUCGCCGCUUCUGUGCAUGCAUGUGACGUCAUUUUGAGCGUCUGCACAUGCGUGAGCGGCGAAACCCGGAAGUAGCGUGCUCCAUUACUUCCAGGUCACCGCGGAGCAGAACUCGACAUGAAGCAUAUUCAACCCCAGAUACGACUGUACAUCAAGCAAAACUGGGCCAUUUUCUUUGGCGAUCGCUUGUAGCCAAGUAAGAUUGUCUUCCAUGAACACAGUUUUAACAUUCAGUCCGUAAGUGACUGUGGAGGCCAGUUCUGGAUCCACACGUCCUUCCACAGUGGGGACAUUGGUGUCUGGGUGUUAGUUGAUCCCGUUGUGGAUUUGCCAAGCGUGCCUUCCUCUUAGCACGUUUCUCCCUUGCAUCCUGAGUUCAAGUGUCUUCAAAGCCCAUAACACCUUUGGUAAAGGCUGUUCUCCGAUUGGAGCGGUCGCAGGCUAGUGUUUCCCAAUUGCUGGUGCUUAAACUACAUUUUUUUUAGAUUUGCCUUGAGAGUGUCUUUAAACCUGUUGUUGACUACCACCAUUACGCUUUCCAUUUUUAAGUUUGGACUGAAAAAUGGGUAGCGAUGCUGGAAGCUGGGUAAAAUUGUCUCAAGAAGAACUGGGUCUCGCAUUGUUGGGUGAGUAGGUUGUUGAAGACAAGAGGCAUAUCUGAAUGGCAGGGUAUAAAUUUCUGGUGCCCAAGGCAAUUAUUGGAAGGGCAGUAAUUAGUUAUUGUCUCUGCAGCCUAUUGACAUCACAAGUGAUGCUUGUAACAUUGUUUGGGAGAACAUUUUGGCCUACAAGGGGAUGGCGAUGAUGAUGAUGGUUUAUUAAAUUUUUAUGCUGCUUUUCAUCCGAAGAUCACAGGGUGGCUUACAAUAUAGGGAUUUGCCACCGCUGCUAGUACACUCUCCUAAUGCUUUCUGUUUCCUUCUGGCAGCCUCUCCUCAGCACCCUUCCCCUCGAGGAGCAAGAAGGGCAAAGUGAUGAUCUGACGGACAGUGAUGAAAGUGUAUUCUCUGGACUAGAGGAUUCUGGGAGUGACAGCAUCACAGAGGAUGAAGAGGAAGACAGUGGGGUCGAGGAGAAGUCAGAAGGCAUCUUGCCCCCUGAAAAUAUGCUUGUAAGUACAGAAUACUCUGGAGUGCUGCAUCUAUGGCACUGUGUCUUUAGGUGAUUCUUUUCAGGAGGGAGGUUCUGGACAAAGAAAUCACAUAUUCCUCCAGUGGCAACGCUUCAGAGAUUGUCAUCCUGUCACUGUUCUACACAUACUUAGCGUUUCUUCAUUUCAUAGAAUUGUAGAGUUGGAAGGGACUUGCAACGGUCAUUUAGUCCAACUCCUGCAAGGUAAGAAUCUUUGCCCCAAGUGGGACUCAAACCCACAACCCUGAGAUUAGGAGCCUUGUGCUCUGCCGUCUGAGCUAUCCCUUCAGUUCAUAUGUCAUGCUUGUCAUUUUGCAGUGAAGUUGGUUUUCCUUGGGAAGCUUCCCGUUUAAGAAGUUCAGGUGCACAUACAAUGUUAGGCAAGCUCAGCAGCUUCAAAGCUGUAAUUCAUGUUUUUCAGGUGAUUGUGUGCCACGCUGUGCAAGCAGAGUUCCACUUAUGCAACAGAACUUCCCCUUUUCUCCCUGCCCCCCAAAUUGCUCUGGAAAGUGUAUUCUGGGGGUGCAUUGAGGCUGCAGGGAGAGAGGAUGAGGAAGAGCCAUUGUGCAAAUGGGAGUACAGUGGUAUUUGGGGUUACAGAUGCUUCAGGUUACAGACUCCGCUAACCCAGAAAUAGUACCUUUGGUUAAGAACUUUGCUUCAGGAUCAGAACAGAAAUCGUGCAGUGGCGGCAGUGGGAGGCCCCAUUAGCUAAAGUGGUACCUUAGGUUAAGAACAGUUUCAGGUUAAGAACGGACCUCCAGAACGAAUUAAGUUCUUAACUCGAGGUACCACUGUAUUGUGCAGUUGGAACAGCAGCUUUGGAUGCAGUCCUAUGGGAAGCAUGCACAGUUCUCUGGUUGCUAACAUAGAGGCUAGGGCUUGCCGAUCAGAAGUUCGGCGGUUCGAAACCCUGCAACAGGGUGAGCGCCUGUUGCUCGGUCCCUGCUCCUGCCAACCUAGCAGUUCAAAAGCACAAAGUGCAAGUAGAUAAAUAGGUACCGCUCCGGCGGGAAGGUAAACGGCGUUUCCGUGCGCUGCUCUGGUUUGCCAGAAGCAGCUUAGUCAUGCUGGCCACAUGACCCAGAAGCUGUACGCCGGCUCCCUCGGCCAAUAAAGCGAGAUGAGCACCCCAACCCCAGAGUCGGUCACGACUGGACGGUCAGGGGUCCUAACAUGUAUUAGUAAGCCAAGAGUUUUCAGUUCCUUUGGUUUUUUUAACAUUUAAGUUAUGUCUGGAAGGGGUGCGGAAACUUCAGCUCAAGGUCCUCAUUCCCUCAUAGGCAGCCUUCCAGCGGUCACAUGUUAAUUGUGGGUGAAGCAAAGAAUGUGACUUAGCUUUGUAUGUUCUAGCCAUGCAAAAGUAAAGGAAAGUGCACGCACCUCCAUCCAGGAAGGAAGAGGCAUUAGCACAUUCAAGGACACGUUCCAGCCAGGAAACUGCACCUCAGGAGGGUGCAGAGGAGGGCAGGUAAGGGGUGUGGCCUGUGGACAGUCUCAAGGGCCUCUCAGAGAGGUGGCAAGGGAGGAGCUCAACUUCUCUACCAUGGAUAUAAAGGAAAUAUUUACAUUUAUACAAGUAUACCAAUUUUUUAUUUUUACAUAGCAUUUAAAUAUCAGUAAGUAUGCUUUAAUUUCUCUUCUCACAUAUUUUAGAUCAAAUACGUGUGUUGUAUUGGUACAAAAUGUUUAACGUGGGGUAUCUUUUUUAGUUUUGCUUACUAAAUACAAGUAAAAUAAAUGUGCUAAAUUAGAUUGCUUUCUAGAGGGCAUCAGAAAAUAUCCCAAUGUGAACUAAAAUAUUAUCAAUGCAAAUUGUUCUAAUAUGCCCUGCGGCAUUUUCCAGAUCAAAAUUUUCUGGAAGACCCAUAUCACUGUCACAUUGCAAGGUAUCUUCCUGAAAAGCAAAAUAAAAGGCUUUAAAUAAAUAACAAAGCAAACAAAUUUAUAUGCAUGUGCAGAGAGAGAGAGACAUCCUCAGUGAAAGAACUCUGUUGCAACCUGGAUGAGCUUUUCUCCCAUUGAAUAUAAAAUGUGCUGUCCUAGGGAAGAGCAGGGAUGUUUUAUUCUUGGUAAGGAUAUACUGAGGGGAAUUUCCCCCCUGACAUAAUCAUGCAGAUACCUAAAGGAGAAUCAACAAUUGCCAUUCAAAUGUUUUCAACUUUAUGUUUUAUCCAUGGUGUUUUGAUUUUUUAAAGCCACCUUUAGUCCCAGUUCUGGGGAAAAGGCGGGAUAUAAAUAAAUAUUGCCAUCCCCAAUAGCUACUAGCCAUGAUGACUGUGUUCCACCUCCGCUGUCCGACGCAUUAGGCCUAUUAAUACUCCUAAUAUUGGGAACUGCAGGUGGGCAGAGUGCUGUUGCACUCAUGUCCUGCUUGCAGGUUUGCCACAGGGAUCUGGUCACUGAGAGAACAGAAUGCUGUGCCAUUGGUGUGAAGGAAAUUAUUGUAUCUGUGCUGAAUCUUCCAACGUUCUGCUUCAUUUCACGCUCAUGAGUUCCAGUGUUGUGUGUUAGAGAGAAAAACAUUUCUCUGUCCUCUACCUCUAUCCCAGACAUAACUUUAUAAAUUUCUUAUUGCGUCCCUCCUUACGCACCUUUUCUCAAAAUUAAAAAGUCCCAGACACAGCAACUUUUAUUCAUAGGGGACUCAAUCCAUCCCCUUGAUUAUUUUGAUGGCUCAUUUCUGAACCCUUUCCUUUUUGAGAUGAGCUGACUAGGCAAGCUUUUCAAUAUGUGGAUUGACGUGCUUACUUGAGUAACUGGUUUCCGACAGGCCUCCUAGUGCGGUUGGCAUAUUUGCAUUCCCAUAUUUGCAUUCCUAUUAGGACUCCCUGAUACGUUGAUCUGUGAGGCUUUGCUGCUGUCCACGAUCUGACCUGUUUUGCCUAAGAGAACAUGUCAGUGUCUUUCAUGCUCUGGCCUUCCUGUUGCAGCUGAGCUGAGCAGCUGCUUUUGGCGUGUGGGGCUCCCUUCCCUCUCCCAGCAUACAAUUUUCCCUCUGGCUCGGCUUUAGACAGUAAGUUUCUUCGGUGUCAAGAGCCUGAUGCUCUGUGCAUUGUAAAUAAAAAUAAUAGCAAAUAGAUAGAGAUAUAUAUAUGCGCAAGGCCUCUCUGCUUCUGUCAUCAGCCUUAUUCAUCAGGGCUUGGCAGUCAGUCAACUUGGCAGGGAUCCUGGGGAGCAUGAACGUGUAGAACGGAAUAGGCAACCAUCAGCCGCCGGUGGAGAUGGAAAGCUCCUGUGCGUGCUGCAGCUCUGCCGCGUGCUCCAAAGUUGGGAAUUCUUCUAUAUUGUUACUGGUGGGUCUCCUUCCUCAAGGCAGAACCUCCUCUCUGGUGCAUAGGAGCAGGAGGAGGUGGAGGAAGCAAAGGAAGACGCUUCACCCAGGGCUUAAGAAACUUCCCUUGAUUUUGCUGGCUCAGGAGGGAUAAAUUUGUGAUAAAUAGAUGAUUCUUUGUCCCUGGAAGGCUGUCUUAAGUUGCAAGCAUGCACAAUUCUGUGGAGUGUUCAGACACAAAACAGCGGGAGGCAAGGCAGUUUCAUCUUUGGAAAACUCCGGCAGGCCUUCAGCCGCAGUGGCCAGCUUUUGCCUGGGUAGUUCAUUGGGCGACAGGCUGCUGGCCUGAGGAGCCUGGGAGCCAUUGCUGUUCUGUUGUGAAGCCCAAAGGUUGGCCUUGGGCGCAUCCUUGUCUUGGCUUAGCCUACCUCACACAGAGUUAGAACUGUAGAGGCAAUAUGUGUGUGCUGGCCUUAGCUCCCUGAAGGAAGGGUAGGAUUCAAGUUUCAAAUAAUGAAGAGGGCACUCGACUUCACAGACCUCCGAGGAAGCCGGGUGGUAAGGAAGAGAGGAACUUGCAUCCCUCUAACCUUGGCAGGGAGGGAGCUUGGUUCUCUUCCAGUUGGCCUUGGAGAGUUGCAUGGGACCAGCAUCCUCUGCACAGAGGAGCUCAGUCCUGCUGGUCCUGGAUUUCCUUGGUGAUGCCCCGAGGUGCCAAAGAGAGAAUUGAAGAAGCACUUGUAGGGCUUCUGACGAAAAGGCAUUUGCCAUGUUAGAAGAGCUUUCAUGGUGGACAGUACAAAUGUAAUAAAUAUUGCAGCACAGUUUUCAGAUUAAAGGAGUCGUACAGACGGUUACCGAAAAGCAGGGAAGAGUUGCAGAACAGACCCUUGUGCCACCCGUUCAAGAACUGAACUGUCUCAGUGGCUUCCAUGGUGAGUUUUCAGCACCAGCCAGUGGUUCUCACCUGGCCACAAGCAUUGCUGAAUCAGCAGAUGCAGGCACAGCGGCUCACAGCCUGACCUCUUCACCUCGGAAGCCCUGGCUGCCGCAGCUGCUGCAAUUACUCCUUCCGAUUGCUUUUCCUGGCUGUCUCUCCUGCCCCCCUGCUCCCCCCUGCACAUUCCUUUUGGAGUUGCAUGCUGCCCUCUGGUGGCCUCUUUGCCCACCUUCCUGCAGGAGCCUCUGAACUGACUGCUCAGGGCAGGAAGCAAGGCCCCGUUUUGUGUCCAUUAAUCAAAAAUGCAGAGAGUGUGGCUGUAGAAAAACCCAAGAACAAGACUGCUGUGCAAGGAGGAUGGUUCCCAGCACGUGUCAAGGCUAGGUGUCACCAAGGGAAUUCUUUUAUAUGCCUCUUGAUAAAAGCUGCUUGGGAGAACCUUACACUUCAUCUCACCUAAGCUGAGAGCCCUACCCUACAUCUCCUGAGUCAGGAGGGUGGCACAAGCCUGCCCCUCCAUCUUGAAAACGAAGAAAUGAGUAUCAAAGCGUGAGCCUUGGAACGUUCUGCCAGAGGAGAAGCACUUGCUGGUGUUGUCUGAAGAACCCACAUCAGCCUGCCUUGUCCUAGCUCUCUUCCAGUUGAUUGCCAGAGGGACAUGAGCGCAGCUACAGAAAGGGGAGCUUGGUCAUUCUAGGGGCGCUUUGGAUUGUGGGUGUCUCCACAGCAGCAAUGCGCCACAUGUCUUGUUCUGGAGGUGCACUGAGAAGCAGCUCUGGUGCCUGUGAGGGAUGAGGAACUGGGCAGUCUUGCUAGGCCAGGGUGCCCUUGGCAGUGACCCUGGGCCUCCUUGGCAUGACCUGGCAGGUCGCCAGGGUGGCUUGCUGCACCAGUGGCCCAUUUCUGCAGCAUGGGGCUCUGCUCCAAGCUCAUGGAGUGUUGGGAGGAAGGAGAAUUGGGGGGGGAGAGCGGGAGAGACAGACAAAACCUUCUCAAUGCCAAAAGCCUGGGAAAAAACUUACCUCCGAUCUCCUUUUUUCAAAGACUUUAAUAAAGCCUUUGUUUUUGCUGUAAUCCCAUCUUCUAGUUGGCCCUGUACUUUCUAGGCCCCCAGCCCCACUUUCUCCCCUUGGCCAGAAGGGUGGAAGUCAGAGAGGGGGGCAGAAAGGGCUGUGUUAUGGGUUGCGUACAGCAGAAGGUGAUCACACACUGUGCAGAUUUUACUGCUCCCAGGAGGGGUGCUUUGUAGGGCUGCUUUUCUGAUUAUUCUGUCAAAUCCUCCGGUAAAGCCCACUCCAGGCUGGGUCCCCUCUGAGCGGGGGAGGAGGGUGAAUCUCUUUAACAGGGAAGGAUGUGCAGUUCUGCCUGCACCCGCACGCCAGGCCAAGGCGUAGGUGCAGUCUGGAACGCCAGGCCCGUGGGCUGGAAUCUGGCUGGGGCUGGAUCCUGUCCUGUCUCAGAUCCUAAGAAGAGCCCUGAUGGACCAGACUAAGGUGGUUCCAUCUAGCCCAGCCUCUUAUUGCCAGGAGUGGCCAGCCAGAUGCCUUCAGGAAGCCCACAAACACGGCAUAGAAAGUAGGAGCCUUCUCCUGCAGUUAUUGUAUAUGCAGACGCCUGCUGCCUCUUAGCUCAUGGCUGCCGAUACGCCAAGCCAUCUAAAGUACUGAAAGUUUCCAUUUUGUCCAUGCUUAAAGCAUAGAGAGUACUGCUUGCUGUGUCAUCUGGGGUUUGCACAGUGUGGUCUAGGUAAGCCUUCCCCCCAAAAGUGUCCUUUGGCUGCUUUGGACUACAACUCCCAACUGCCCUAGGCAGCAUGACCAGAUGAUGCUGGGACUGAUGGGGUUUGUAGUCCAAAACAGUGGGGGGCUCCCACCUUGAGGAAGGGUGACCUAUAUGCAGAAUUGCCCAUCUACCUCCCUGACUUUACAUAAGGAGACGGCCAUCACGACAUCCUCUGACAACUAACUUGGGAGAUUCAUUCUGCAUUCUGCAAAUAAAUGCUUUCUGUUGUCUGUCCUGGAUCAGACCAGUGGCCCGUCUUGUCCAGCAUCCUGUUCUGACCGGAGACAAACAGACGCCUGCAGGCAGGACGUGAGCACAAGAGCCCUCUUCCCCCUGUGGUUUCCAGCAACUGGUAUUCAUUCAGCAGCCUCCCGGGUGUGGAGGUGGAGCAUUGCUUUCAUGGUCCCUCCAUCUGUGGAGGCAGAGAAUGGCCUCCAUCACGACUAGUGGCCAUUGAAAGCCUUUUUGCAUGAAUCUGUCUAAUCCUCAUUUAAAGGCAUCCAAGUUGGUGGCCGUCUCUUAACACUUGUGCAAGUGAGUUCCACAGUUUAACUAUGAGCUGCAUGAAUAAGCACUUGGUUUCAUCUGUCCUGAAUAUUUGAACAUUCAACUUGAUUUGAUGCCUGCAAAGUUCUAGUGUUAUAAGAGAGGGAUAAAACUUUUCUUUGUCCACUUUCUCCAUACUCAAAUAUCUGUCACAUGGGACUGUCACACGGAAGAGGGAGCAAGAUUGUUUUCUGCUGCUCCGGAGGGUAGGACUCAAACCAAUGGCGUCAAGUUACAAGAAAGAGAUUCCAACUAAACAUCAGGAAAAAAUGUCUGACUGUAAGAGUUGUUCAACAGUGGAACAAACUCCCUUGGAAGGUGGUGGACUCUCUUGGAAGGUGGUGGUUUUGAAGCAGAGCUUUGAUGGCCAUCUGCCAUGGAUGCUUUAGCUGAGAUUCCUGUGUUGCAGGAGGUUGGGCUAGAUGACCCUUCCAAAUCUACGAUUCUGAGAUUCUCCUGGGAGAGGGUGGCUGCAGGUCUCAACUUUGUGGACUGUAACAAUUUCUUUUUCAUGUGUUGAGAGGGAGCGCCAGGAUCUAUGUAGUAGAAGACCUUAGCCUAUAGCCCGAGGGAGGGAGGCCCUCACUACACUGAGUGUUCAUUGCUGGCCAUUUUGUGUAGUUUGGGAGGUCUCCCAUGCAAUUGUGUAAGACACACAGCCUCUCGCUGCCUGUACAUGGUAACUCUUUCUACCAUCCUGCUUGUCUUUCAGGCUGAAGAGGUUUCCAAGAAGAAAGUGCGAUCGCACCGUAAGAACAAGGGCACAGAACACAAUCCACAGGAGGAGCCACUCUUGCAGAAUGAAUAUGUGGAAGACAGCUCCGAUGAGGAGGUAAGGUGGUCUCCUGUGUUACUCUGUGGGCAGUGAUGGCUUGCCAGGGCAGCCUAUGCAGUGCUAAACAAAUCAAGGUCUCCUGCUCUUUGAAUGAAAAGUGAGCUGGCUCCUUGUGUCUCUGUGUUUCCUGUGUGCUUUUUCAGCCACUGCUGACCCAAUUUUUCUGUCAUAUGGACAUUUGGCUGCAUGGGUUACACUGAUGUUUGUUCUUUACAGAGGAACUGGUGGUGUUGGGGUGAGGAGAGAGAGAGAGACUGACAACAUCCUGCAAGAAGCUUAAGAGCAGUGGAUGAGGCUGUUAGUCACACACAGGGCCCAGAGAGGUGGAUUAUGGGGUGGCUCCAGGGCAGUGAGAAAAAGGCUGGUGGAGGGGGGACAAUUAGGUUGGCUUGUGCCUGCAAAGUUGCAAGAGGAUGUGUCUGGGAUUUGAGGCAGGAGGAGGACCAUUGUUUACCUUUCCUCAGGCAAAAUGUAAGAGGCUGCAUUUUCUGGGCUCGUGGUCUGAGGAAGAAAAAAAACUGAUGGUUUAGUGUUGAACGCUAAGUAACUGGACUAAAUUCCAGGUGAAUGAGGAAGGUAAAUGGUGGUAAACACAAGUGAGGAAAAUAUUGACAACGCUGAAGAGAGGAUAAUUGGAUAGACGUCGCAGCAGAAAAGGGUCUGGAGGUUACAAUAGGUAAUGCACUUCGAAUGAGCCCUUGAUGGUCUUGUUGCAAAAUUGCCAAGACCUCUUAAAGUUGUAUUCUUUAUUAUUAUUAACUUUCUAUACCGCCCUUCAUCCAAGGAUCACAGGGCAGUUUACAAUAUAAAAACACAAAAAUACAUACCAUUGUGACAAACAAAAACAACACCUCCCCUCCUCACACACGCAGUUUAAAAGGCCGUAGAUUGCUUAAUUAUCCAAAGGCCUAGGAGGAGAAUGUUUUUGCCUGGUGCCUAAAGAUAUGUAACGAAGGUACCAGGCAAGCCUCCUUGGGGAGAGCAUUCCUCAAACGGGGAGCCAACCCACAGACCUGCCACAAAAGAUGCUGAUUUCAGGGGACCAGGUCAGUUCAUAUUGGCAGAGGUGGUUCUUGAGAAGUUGCGGUCCUGAGCCAUAAACUGCAGAAAUAAUCAUGUCCAAGGGCAGACACCUAAUCAAGUUCUGGGCACUCUGUUUCUAGGCAGUUCAGCGCAAAAUAGUGGGAGACUGUAAAGAAAGACCUCAAAAGAGAGGCAGGAGCUCUGUGUGGUGUAUUUAGCAUGCACAAAAAGCUAGCGGGUGGGAAAAAUACUGCUCCUAGCAGGGUGGAAAGUUCAGAAGUGUGCAAGGAAAUAGGGAGGUCUCUGAGUUUGAGACAUUGGGGCAGAAUUGUUCCAUGUUGACUGUUGUGGCCUGAGUGUCAUGUAGCUCUGGUGAGUCACAUGGACACAGCUGUUUCUCCUUGACAGAAUCAGCACAAGGAGGUGGCUUUUUUGUUUUGUUUUUGUUUUGUUUUUGUUUUUACAAAAGUCUGCUCUGUAAGACAUAAUUGAAUUAUUUGUUGGGAUUUUAGUUGAAGAAGACAGGGAUUUCCUUGCUGCCUUUGUCAUUCUUGUGGAAACAUCUGCCCUGAGUAAUGCAGUGGAAUAACUUGUUAGUUCCUUCUCAGCAAGCAGAAUGUGGGUCAGCAUUCCUAACCUCCUGUCACCUCCCGAGUCCUUGAACUCUCUCAGUUUCUGGCUGAAGGACAGGAAAGCUCCCUCCCCAUUCCCCUGUCCCACCAGCCUGCCAUUGGUUCUCUCCAGUUCUGCUUUCUCAACCAGCAGCCUGAUCUCUUUCCCACAAUGCCUGCCACAACAGCAAUAGCACUGCCUGUCAUUCCUUUUUAGCAAGCGUGUGGCUGCAUUUGCAACUGCUUGCCUCCAGUUCCCAUUCUUCCACCCGGUCUAUCAGAUUCCCUAUGUGGUAGUCCCAAUCUAAGCAACGGAAGCACCUUAAAGACUUGCUUAAAGCUGGCUGGGUUCGUCUUCUGUGAAGCAGGAAAUGAGAGACAUCGGGGGGGGGCAGGUUUGUGAAUGUUGUCAAUCCAGAGAAGGACCUGAUGGUGUUUACUAAUACCCAAGAGCUGGAUGGUAAGGAGUGCAUUCUGGAGGGUCUUCCUGUCACUUUGAGAGAGGCUAUUUGAAUCAGCAGCCAGUUGGGAAAGACUUGGGACAGGCUUCCCUAUCAAAUUCUCGUGUAGCUUUUAGUCAGUCAGAGCCAGCUGCCCAGGGUGACACAGAGGAGUGCUGCUUGCAUAUGGUGUUGUCUGAGUGGGAUGAUUAUUUGGGGAGUCUUGAGGGGGUGAGGCCACAAGAGAGCAGGGGGCCUGGACCUGGACUUGGCAUCCCAAGGAAUGAAAUCCCUGCUUGCCUUUCUGACCCAGCAGAGUCAUGCGUUCAGGGCAUCCACAGACUAGAAGCCCACCUGGUCUGGAGCGGGAGCUGCGGAAGUGCCGGGUCUGGAAUAGAGAUUGAGAGCGUAAUGAAAUAUAUGGCCAUACAAAACGCACGCUUGUGUAAUGUCUCGAGCAUUACCCAGGGACACAGCUCUUUCAUGUCUGAAUCCAAGGUCUCUCCCUCCCCAGCUGGUCCUAUUUCAGGGCCCCAUUGAGGGGAGCACUGAUUCAGAACCUGUUGACAUCAGAGAGGCUUCCAGUGGCUUUGUUCCUGCCUCCCUCUCUUUCUGUAAUUGCAUUUAUCUCUCCUCCAGAAGAGUCUUGAUGCUGCUGCUUCCUGUGCCCAGGACGUGCGCUUCUCGCUGUGCAUUGUAACCCCGAGGCACAAGCUUGCUCCCUUGAACUCUAGAUAGGCAAGGCCUGUGUCCCCAGUGCUUCUGGUUAGAGACGCAAAGCUUCGGGUAAUUAAAGUCCCUCUAUCUUCAGGCAUGAGGACUGGGAGCCCAGAAGGUUGUUUCAAAAAGCCUAAGGACACAAAUUGAAAAACUCAGGUUUAGCAAAGAGCUUUGUACUCCUGAUAGGUUGGAACUUAGAAGUGUGACAAUCCCUGCUCUGGAGUCUUCCAGCCUACAUUCAGAAGAAAAGCUUGAUGAUCACACUGAGGAUAAUAAAGUGGGCGUAUAAACCCAGUGAUGGAAGCAAAGGAUGAGCUUCACCACACAACCCACUCACUUACCCUCUGUCUCCUGCGGGGGGAAAUGGGACUGGCCCCCAUUGGAAACAGGAUGCUGGGCUUGCUGAACCCGUAGCGUGACUCAGCCUGGCAAGUGUCAGAUUGUGAGUGGCUUGGCGCCUGUCCUGCGCAGCUGCAGGCUUGGCAAAGUCCACCUUUGGGGAUGGGCAUAGAACAGAGGCGUGGGGAGAAUGAGUGGAAUGAGUGCGCGGGCACUCCUACGGAGGAGCUCUGCUUCCUUUCCUCUGCUCCGCCAUCUUUCCUCUUGGUUUCCCCAGCCUUCCCCUUUCGGAUCUGCCCUGCCCUGGGCUUUCUGUCUGGGCACAUUCCUCUACCCAUUUCCAAACGGAACGGCAAGUGGAGAUGUUUUGCUAUGAGGUCAUGGAUUUAAAAAGAGAAGCCCUUCUAGGUUUGCAGUUUGUCUCCUUCCCAAGGCAAUUCUGUCCAGCUGGAUGAUUGUUCUUGCAGCUGUGCCACUAAGUGUUACCAGCCAAAGCAGCAGCGAGGAGAGCUGGCAGUGGGUCUUUGCUCUUUGCUGGGCAGUGCCAAGGCUUGCAAGGCAGAAGGUGUCCUGCCAGAAGAGGUGCCUUUUCCAGAGGCGGCAGUUGGGUGCUGCCCUUUCCCCUCACCCCUGGAUGUGCCUGGCUUGUGAGGUUUGGCCCGGCCGGGCAGCAUCCUGUGGGGACGGGAGGCUGGCCCCAGGAGCCUUGGCCCAGGGCCUGGCUGGGACGAAGUGUGUUAUCCACAUCUGUGAUUGUACACAUAGGUAUGCAGUUUGGGAUCUGGUGCAGAACUGUCCUCUGAUCUCUUGGAGUUUCCAAAUUUGGGGCCGAGGGGAAGGGAUCCAGGGGGCGUUCACAACUCUUGGUUCUUCAGUCCUGCCUACAGACCCAGUAUCCCUCUUUUCCAUGCCCUUUCCUCCUGGCAUAGCCCUGUUUCCCUUCCUGGUUAUUUGCAAACCUGGUUCCUGUCUGCAUCAUAGAGGUACAGUGGUGCCUCGCAAGACUAAAUUAAUCCGUUCCGCGAGUCUCUUCGUCUUGCGGUUUUUUCGUCUUGCGAAGCACAGCUAUUAGCGGCUAUUAACGGCUUAGCGGCUUUAAGAAAAAGGAAACAAACUCGCAAGAACUCGCAAGAUGUUUCGUCUUGCGAAGCAAGCCCAUAGGGAAAUUCGUCUUGCGGAACGACUCAAAAAACGGAAAACUCUUUCGUCUAGCGAGUUUUUCGUCUUGCGAGGCAUUCGUCUUGCGGGGCACCACUGUAGCAAGGUGAGCAGAAGGCAGUGAAAGUGUGCAAAUUGCUGAGUUGCCUUGUUGGCAGCAGAACUGGGCUUCCUUAGCAGAGAAUGGGGUGGGGAGGGAUGAUUCUGCUUCCUUUCCGGAGCAUGACUGCCGUGCUAGCAGUGUUGUGCCUCAGCUCCUGUUCACCUGCCUGCCGCCUCUGCAAGCGCUGGUGCUUCUCCCCUCUACGCCACCCCAUCUUCGCCGUCCUCCUGGCCUGCGUGGGUUUAUGUAGCGAAGACUAGCAAGCAGCGGAGGGAGGCCCACACGGCUGCCCCUGCGCUGAGCACAGACUAAACUUCCUCCUACUGAGCUCCUGCUCAGUUGGCAGCCGCCGGCGUUGGGCCUGGCGUGCCGCCCAACUCCUUCUCUACCGUGUGUUCUGGGAAGAGACACAACAAAAUAAAUUGGUUUCCUGGCGUGGCCUGGCUGGGCCGUCCCGGAUAAGGCAGCUCUGCUUGCCUUGCCUCCUCGCAGCAGCGCCUUGGACCGUCUCCCACUGCACCCCCGCUUGGCUGCAGAGGUGGCUGCUGCACAGUGGGGAGAGCAGAGGUGCCGCCUGUGCAGCUAUGUCCCCGUCAGGCGGAGGGCUGGAGCUGGGGAAAUCCCCGGCCCCCUUGCUCUUGCGCUCCUUCCCCUCCCUGCCCCCCCCAACACUGCCUGUGUGUGCCGCACUUGCUUGCUUGCUGGGCAGACCGAGCGUCCCUCCCUCCCGCCCCUUCAGCUGCCCGGAGAUGAAUGGCCGGGAGCUGGAGAGGCUGUCAAGGCCUCGCUGGGAGGAAGCAGUUUGGGGCUCUUGUUUGGUUCUGCUUCCUCCCACAAUGACUAUUCCAUAUGUCGGUGGAUAAUGAAUGACGGCGCGUUGAGUGCUCCUCCGCGAGCCAGCGGCUGUUCCAAGCCCACUUCCCUCCUUCAUGGUGCAGCUGACCAGGAGGUGGGUGGCGGGGGGAGAGUGUGCAGCGCCUGGCAGGACGGAGGGAGCUCUUCUUUCAGUAGCUGAUUAGCUGAGGGAGGGGGGAAUCAUUCAGAAUGUGCUCCUGGCAGGCGGCCUCUUGAACUCACUGCGCCACGAGCGGGCAUGGCUUCCCAACCCACCAGCGCUCACAGCUGCUUCGGCCUUCUCUCCUGCAGACGAUGUGAAGCUCAGCAAAGCUGUCUGUGAAUGUCUGCUUCUCUGCCAGACCCACGGCAGAGGGGACAUGCUUUGAGGUGCUGCUGCUGCUGCUGCUGCUGAAAUCCAUGCCAGCACUUUCUCCCAACAUUGAAAAGCUGACUGGGUGUCUUAGCCGCAUGUUAGAGGGGAAUCGACAGAGCUUCAUCCAAGGGCUGCAGUCCUCUUCCUUCUGUGUAGGGAGCCACUGCUUUGCACUCACGAGUUAAUUAUCAGUCUUUGCUCAUACCAAAGUUGCUUUGACAAGACUUUGAAGGGGCUUAAAGGAAAACACAGCAAAGGGUGGCAGCUCUGGGGCACAGAUUCUCCAAAGGCUUAAUCUGCCUUCCCCUUGAGAGUCAUGGAAAGUUGCCAGGGGAGCCCUGAGCUUCUCUGUGGCUCUUCCCAGUUAGUGACUUUAAGUGUCCUAUGGUAGACAUGCCUUCCCCAACCUGGUGCCCUCCUGAUGUUGUUGGACUACAGCUCCCAUUAACCCCACCCAUCAUGGCCAGGGAUGAUGGGAGCUCAUAUCCACCAGCACCUGGAGUACACUAGGUUGGGAGUUGCUGUGGUAGCCUGGUGUUCAGUGGCAUGCCUCACAAAGUCUGUUACUCCUGGCAAACCCCUUGAACCCUGGACACAGUUCAGUGCUGCAGCUUCACUGGCGCAAGGGACUUCCUCUCCCUCUCUUCCCGCCUCCCCCUGCCUCUCAAAAUAAGCUCUGGACUGUUGAGGGACCAUUGGGAGCAGAUUUUGGGGGCAUAUAUGGGUUGGGGAGAGGAAGAAGUGGAAGUCUCAUUGGAUGCAACCCCAGGUGUCUUCCAUGUGUGCUUAUGCAGAGACCAAUAAGGAAAUGAAGGCUGGGCUUGAGAGUGGGACUGGGCAGCCACCAGGAGUAAGACCAGGGGUCAGUAAACGUUUUCUUUCCCCGCCCCCCCUAAGUGGAAUUAGAAGGUUAAAUUAACAUUCUAAGUUAAACUAAUUUAAGAAUGUAUUGUAAGUGUAUGUUUGAAGUUAAAUCUGUAUUGAGAUUAAUGAAUUUCAAUAAAGAAUUUUUUCAUCCAAAAACAACAACAACACUUUUCCAGCACUUUUUCCACUGUCCCUCAGACCUUGUGGGGGGGGGCGGACUAGAUUUUGAAAAAAAAAUUAUAUGAAUGAAUUCCUAUACCCCACAAAUAACCCAGAGAUUCAUUUUAAAUAAAAGGACACAUUCUGCUCAUGUAAAAACACGCUGAUUCCCAGACCAUCCGCAGGCUGGAUUUAGAAGGCGAUUGUGCUGGAUCCAGCCCCUGAGCCUUAGUUUGCCUACCCAUGAGUAAGAGGAAGAUGUAAGGGCAGAAGGUUUUUUAGCAGCUAGCUGGGAAAGCUGGAUGGCCAUGCUUUGUCACAUGGACCGUACCCUGCUCACCACGUGGAGGACCCCAGGAUUCGAGCAUCCCCCCCCCCCCGUCCCACAACAUUGAUUUCCCCUGGGGCAUGAGAGUUUGCUGGGGUCUCCUGCAGCCCUGCCUGCUCUGGGCUACUUCCGAAAGGAGGCCCUUCCAGGCGUAAUUUGCAGGGUUCUUAAUGAGAAGGAGUCCGAGUUGGGAGGGAAGCCAUUCCAUGAGCAUCAGCUGUGGAGAAAGCAGAAUGCCUUGGGCAGGAGGUGCAGGAAACAGGAGGGAAUCCUGCAGAAAGGGCUGUGGUGACGCCACAGGAAUGAAUGUGAUGCUUCCGGAGAGCUGGAUUCUGGCCCUCGCCCCGCUGUCGUAGAGAGGGGAGCUCAGAACUGGGUGUAGCGAGCAUAUUUAAAGCCUGGGGAGAAAAUAUGGUUUCUUAAUCUGGAGGCUGUUAAACGAGGCUCUCCUCAGUGUGCAAGGGAAAGCAAAGCAUAAUGAAGAAAUCAUGCCAGCAAAUAUGAUGCAGGAGAAAUGGGCACAGAGUCACGCCAAGGAAUCUUUUGAAAUGCCUUUGGGAGGCAUAUCAGACUCCACUGAGCUGGUUGGGAUUCCAGAGUUUCAGCAGGGAACAUGCAAUUGGGAUCCCACUCCUGAGUUUGUUUGGUUUCUGCUUGCCUCUGGAUAGAGGAUUUUCUUCCUGCUGGCAAUAGGGAAAGGCUUAAGGCUCUGCCUCCUGCCCUUGGGACACUUCUGCCACCUCAUGGAUCUGGUCCCCACAUGUUUUCAAGGCUACCCAAAGAAGCCUGCUUUUUAAAAUUGUAUUUAUUUAUUUGAAUUUAUAUUUGCCCUUCACCACUAGGUCCCAGGGUGGUGUGCAUUUAUUCAUUUAAAAAAUCACUUAAAAUCAUACUUAAACACUAAGAUUACUGCGGCUUCUCACAAGUCUCUGCAGUUGGUCUUCUUAACCCAAUAUGAGAUGUUGUGCUUUUUCACUGCUUGCAUGGAAUUGCAGAAUAGACACAGCCCUGCAAAGCUCAACCUUUUGCUUUUCAUACAGAUAGUAGUCACAUCUGGGUUAGAUUAUGGCAGAGUACUGUAUGUGGGAUUUCCCUUGAAAAGUGCCUUGGUUAGAAUUGCUAUCAUUAUUUAAACGUAUAUGCCACCAAAAGACCAUAGGGUGGUUUGCAAUAGAGAAAACAAAUGUCAGUGCUUAACAUAAUAGCUGUACAAUAUAAAAACCAAAACAGGUGUAGAAAUACAAUUAUAAUCAUAAGAGAUCCAUAAUAAAAUGCAGAUUUUCACUUUUUCUAAAUAUAUUCUACCAGUCGUGUUUAAGUUGCCAUUCCUUCCACUUUGUUUUUGGCCCCAGUUCAAGGUGCUGGCUCUUGCCAAUAAGGCCAUCGAGGACUUGAGGCCCUCAGGGCAUCUGAAGGAUUGCCUCUUCCUGCCUGGACCUGCCUCUCAAUUGUUCUCAUCUUUGGAGGGCCUGUUCUGCGUUCUGCCUUGAAGGAGACAGGGCAGAGCCUUUUCAAGGGUGACUGCUCAAAGGAGGUGAGACUGGUCCAUUCUGUGACCUUUUCAAGAAGCACAGGAGGCAUUCAGGGCACUGGAAUCUUGCUGGCUGUGGGUUUGUUUUAGUUGGUCUUACUCUGACUUCUUAAUGGUUCCUGGUUUUAAUUGUACUGGAAAUGUAAUUGUUGGAAGUCUUGAGUGCCUUCUUUACUUUUUAUAUAUAAGCACAGUGUUUAAAAAAACAUUAGGGAUCUCUGUGUGGGUGUAGAGAACUGGUGUUCAGGACCAGCUCACUUAUAACAAAAACCAGCCGGAAAUGGCAAGUAGGCAGCCACAGGACCUUGGCUGGUGCUAACGGCAUUGAGGAGUGAUGGGAAGGACCAGCAGUUGGAGGGGGGUGGAGGUUGAGACUGGAGGGGCUGAAGAGGGUUAGCUAGAUUAGGGGCAGGUAGCAAGGAGGGUCUGAGGAGACUGACUAGGAUGCUGUGCCAGCAGCAGUAGGAAGAGUCAUGGAUGGUGGCACCUCGGAGCUGCUUGAAUAAUAGGUUGUAUUUGCUGUGCAGUGUGAAACAUAACCUGCAGGGAUGACUGAAAACCACUUUUUGCUUUGACUUCCCAGACCCAACAGUCAAGAGCAGCGCCCAAAAUUAGCAGGCGCCAGUUGCAUUUUGCGACUGGCAGCCGGCCUUUUGCAACUGGAUGGAGAUGCCACCUUUGGCUCCUAGCAUCUCCACCUGCCUGGCCGGGUGACUCAGGGGGUCAGCAGGGUAGUGCAGCAGCAGCAAAAGACGCGUCUGUUGCUACUGCGCUACCCCGCCAAAUAGCUGGUUCACCUGGUAGCGCAGCAGCAGCAAAAACAAAGAUGUGUCUUUUGCUGUUUUGCUAGUCUGCUGACCCACUGAAUCACCAGGCAGCAAUUUUUUAUUUUUUUAUUUUUAUUUUUUGCUGCUGCUGCGCUACCAAGUGAAUCAGGUGUUUGGCGGGGGGUAGCACGGUAGCAAAAGAGGUGUCUUUUGCUGCUUCCCUAGCCUGCUAAUCCCCUGAUUCACCCAGCAGCAGACAAAUGAAAAUAAAGUAAAACUACUGCUAUCUGUGUUUUAAAAAGAAAUCCAUUGAAGAAAGAAAACUGUUGACUAGGCAUUCUGUUUUUAUGCCCACAAUCCAGGUCCCAGGAGCCAUAUGGCUCCUAACUUUUGUAUCCCAGUUUCUAAUGCUGGAAGAGAGAACAUUGCAGGCAUGGGUUAAACCGUUCAGAAACCAAAUCCAGCCUUGUUUGUUAGCUGUGUUCAUAAGCUGCCCUAGAAGAGAGUUCUCAAGGCCCCUGAUGAGAGAGAAAACCAUUGACAGCUCCAGCCUGGUUGGCCGCUGUGAGAACAGGGUGCUGCACUCGGUGGGCCAGGGGCCUGAUCCAGCUCGCUUGUCUUUUGUCCCUCUGCCUUGGGCUCUCUCUCUGUGUGUGGCUGGCAUUGGAACCCAAGCCUUGUCUGCUGCCUCCAGGGCUUCUCAGGGGUGUUGCAAGUGGGCAUCUUGGGCUGCUGAGGGCUUGCUUGUUAGUUUCAGCUUCUUUCCUAUCCUCUGAGCACACAGCAAGGCCCAGCAUGCAUGCCAGCCAGAGGAAACCAGGGUGGCUGGGUUAUGGGGCAGUGGUGGGCAGACUGCUUUGCCUGCUGUUGCCCUCAGAGAGGUCAGUGCUGCCUGGCAUCCUGCUCUGGUCCAGCUUAGCCACUUGGCUGACGUAUCACCGCCUGUGUGCAGACGCCGGCAUGGCAAGGAAGCCCAGCGGCACUUCUAUUUUGGGCUCUCCAGGCAGAGAGCUGCCCUCUCUCUCGGCUUGGGGCUGGGUGUGGUGUGAGGGCCCCUUGCCGAAGAACGGGUGUGGGUGCCCUCAUAAAAAGAGGGAAGGAAUUACUCUGUCUUCUGGCCUCCCCCAAAUUGAUUUUUGAAGUGUUUGCAUAGAAGUGUGUUAUGUGGGAGGAAAAAGAGAGGGGGUUGGCAGGGAGAGCUUUUUUUACCCUGGAAAAAAUGACAUCAGUGAAUAGUUGAAACGAUCAUCUCUCUCUCUCUCUCUCUGACCCAGAAAGGGAGAGAAACCCACAGCAGCUUUGAGGUGAGGAGUGGAAACUUUCUUUCCAUUUAUUUUCCCCCUCUGUGCGCUGGGUUCGUCUCGACUUACGGCUGCCCUUUUGGAGGCAAGUUUACCUCCAUUCCGCCGGGGUCUGCUGGGAUUCCUGCCUUGCUGCCGGAACCAGAGCUCCAAAGAGGAAGGAAAGUGGGCUUAGUCAACCCAGCCGUGUCUGGUGCUGUCGGCACCCGGCAGCUGCUGCUGCUGCUGCUGCUGCUACUUGCCUUUGCUUUCUCCAAAACGCCCAGCGCCUGUUGCAGAAGCUCAGCAGGGCUGCUUUCUGAGAGCUGUGCUCCACGGGCCAUUUCUUCCACCUGUGCAGUUGUUAGCCUUCUCAGUUCAUGGUACGAGACAUCAGGUGUCACCUAGAGAGGUUAUGCACAAAUGUGGUCUCUGGCCAUCACAGGUCUCUUUGUGGUGACUCUGGUUGUCCAACAUGCUGUGAAAGAUUUCUCUUCUUCCCCAGGCCAGGGAACAGGUAUAUCUUGCAAACUAUGGAGAAAGAAAAAGCAGGGUGGAUUUGAUUUAAAUCAAAUCGAUUUAAAUCACUAGUCAGUAAGACUUGAUUUAAAUCACUAGUCAGUAAGAUUUUAUUUAAAUCAUUUUUAUUUUUUUUACAGAAAGACUCAUUCUUACUGGUAUAAUCUUAAUAUUGACAACCAGAUGAAGGUUUCGUUUUUGGAAUAAUAAAUUUUCAGAGUAGUUUUUACAGUUAUAUCAAAAAUCACUGAUUUGGUUAUACUAUUAGGAAUACACAGACAGAUAAUUAUGAAAUUAUUGUGAGGUUUAAUAAGUUAACUGUUUAUAUUUGGACAACUAUUAUGCUGUACUUUAUUGGAAGGAGAAAAAUAAUCAUUUCCUUAAUAACAAUUUAUUUAACUAAAACAAUAACAUUAUAGCAUAUGUAUCCAUGUUUGUUAACUGAUUUGGUAAAUGGUUUUUUUAUUAAAAAAAACUUGGACUGAGUUUUAGCACACAUGAAAAACUUAAAACAAAUCCUUAUUUCCUGAUGAAUUGCCUUUGGACUAUAAUGUAACCUAAAUAGAAAAUUAUCUUUAGAAAGAUUUUUUCCACCAAAAUCAUUUUAUUUUAAAAUCCGAUUUAAACCCAAAAAAUCAUUGAUUUUUAUCCACCCUGAGGAAAAGCAAAUCUGGUCCUGUACCAAGUUCCUUGGCAUUGUCUGCAUUCUCUCCCGUCAUCCCUAGUGAUGGAGGCACUUGGAAGCAGCAGCAGUGGUUCUCACUUUUUGGUUGUCUCCAGAGCCCACCAUGGCCAAAGGGCCCCCCUCAGCUCCCAAAUGGGGGGCUGCUCAGUUGGCUCUAACACAUUGCAGUGCCUUUUCAAAGGUGGUUCCCUGCUUGUGGAUGCACUCCCUGGUGAGGGGCGUCUUUCUCCCUCAUUAUUUACUUUUAGGAGGAAUUUAAAACAUUUCUGUUUACCCAGGCAUUUGAUGAUACUGAAAGAUACUGUUUCUGGAAAUACUGAGUUCACUGGUUGAGAAUUUUUUAAACUGUUUUUAGAAUGUGUUUCAAAAUGUUUUUAUUUCCUUUUGGAGGGAGAAUAAAUAAAUAAUUCCUUUGUACAUCCUGGUUUGGUGGGAACCACAAAACUGGCCAAUUACCAUGAAAAUUCAAGAUUUGUGGACUUCUCAUUCCUGGAGCCCAUCCUGGCUACUACAGUUUGAAGAAGAAUUCUGUGGAACUUGAAAACUUGUAAAAUGCAUUGUAAACUUUGGUCCUAAGCAUCACAUUAACUCGUCCCAUUUUGGCGUUAGUAAAGUAGAUUUCAUUUCUUGCUACAAUUAAGAGAAGUUGGUGCUUGGGUAAUUAAGUAAUUAGAAAAUGAAGGGGCACCGUUGCUCAAUGGAAGGGUAAUGAGUUGUUGUAACAUCUACAUCUUCAGAAAUGGGUUGUGAAGUUGGCAAAGCGGAUCCUAUGUGUUGGAGAGGGCAGACCAGUGGGUGGCCCAGGUGUCUGGUCUCCAGCCAAACCUUGGGGCAUUGUGGAGCCCUUCAGAAAUACUUUGGUUGCUUCCCACAUUACCUUUCAGCCACAUGCUUGUCUGGGGGGGGGGGCACCUGGGGGAGACAUAGAGACACAUCAGUGGGAAAUGAUAAGAACAGAAGACCCAGGUUCUUCCUUUUCUGCUUGGAGAGCUUAUGGGCAGUGAGAUGAUGGAUCCCGGUGGCAUGGAGGUGAGGAGGGGCAAAGCUGGCAAAGACCUGAUCUCCUUUUCCUCGGUAGGUGAGCCUUGGGCUGCCUCCCAUCCACGUGCAUUUGUGUACAUUCCCGCAGCAGGGAGCUCUCCUCGCCAUGCUCAGGAAUGUCUUGGCACCAGGGACGAUGCUCCGAUGCUUGAGCCCCACGUCAUCCUGUCCUCUGCCCGUCUUUCCCCCCAGGCUGCUGCUGCGUGCUGUGGCUGCUACGUUGGUUUUAAUUUACACCCAGCAUGAAGUAUUUUAUUUUUCUGGAAGGCAAGGGUAAGGUUUCAGAGUUCCUUUCCCCUCAGUUUAAUUGAGCUUUAAUGAAGAUAGAUCCAGAAAGAUUUCUCAGGAAGAAAAGCAGUUCCUCUGCAGGGUUGAUACUUAAGGCUAGGAAUUCACUCGUCAUCGGAUCGGCUAGACUGGAAGAUGCCAGCUCAUGGGUACUUAUUAUUUUUAUGUGAAAAGGAGUAGACAGUCCUUGUUGAUUUCAAAUAGGCCACAAAUCUGGAGGCAAUUGCAAUCGCUUUUGACAGUGAAAGCCAUGAGAUAUAGUUCCCCAACUCAAGAAAUGAUAAACAUUUAGGAGGGAAGGGACCGCAAAUGGUGCGCCCACACAAGUGAAGCCCAAACAGGCAUAAGUUGUACUUGAAGUGCAGUAAUGGAUCUGCCCUCGUUCCAACCUCCAUGCUUGAGAAGAGAGUCUAAAUUUAUGUGGCAAACUCUUGAAUGUGGGAAGUGCCCUCAGUGCAGCUAGAUCAGUAUUGGCUCUCCAGGAUUUCGGGCACAGCUCUCUCCCAGCUGCUACUGGUUUCUACUUGUGAUGGAGCUGACAGCUGUGGAAGGAGCUGCCAAGAGCCCUGGGUAUCCUGUCUAUGGCACUCUCUUUGCUUCUCACCUGCUCCAUUUCCCCAUUCUUUCGGGAAGAAGCAUAAUAAUGGCCCAACAGGAUCAUCUUAUAAAAGUUGAAUGUUGGACAAUUCAGGACAGACUCACCACUCCCACUUGAUGUAGUAGUGGCCACCAGCUUAGCUGAAUUUAAAAGAGAAUUUCGACAGAUUCAUAGAGGAUGACUACCAAUGGGUCCUAGUCCUGCUUGCACAGUAGGAGAAGCAGUCUGCCUGUGAAUGCUGGUUGCGGAGAAUCGCAAGUGGGGAGACCGCUGCUGUCGCACUCCAGUCCUGCUUGUGUGCUUCCCAGAAGAGGCAGCUGGUUGACUCCUGUGAGAACGGGGGCCUGUACUAGAGGAGCCAGCUUUGGCCUGAUCCGGCUGCAGCCAAGCUCUUCUUACGUGAGUAAGAGCUCCUUGAUUGUGGCGCCUGUAUCUUGACGUUUGUCGUUCAAAGCGGAGGUGCCAGGUUGCAAGCGCAGCUCCAGCGCCUCAUCUUCUUUCACUCUCUCCCUUCCUUAUGGCUUUCUGGGGUCAAUUGGGCUGAAGAAGGGGUCUCUAUCCAGAUCCCCUCUCUCCCAAUUUGCCCACACCCAGGAAAUUUUUGUAUAUUUCCUUUGCUAGAGUCAGGUUUUCCUAUCACAGAAAAACAGCAGUUUUUCUCAUUUGCACAUUGCAUGCAGAUGGCAACCAAAGACCCGCGUCCGGAUGUGAAGCCCUCUUUUCCACAGAUAGGCUGCUGAAGGGGCCAAGCCCCUCCCCAGAGUGAGAAAAAUGGCUGUUGGGGCAGUUGGCUGCAGGGCAUGAUUUGGAAAGCUCUCUGAAAGUUGCCCGCCUUAACCUUAAACUCCUAGAACAGGUCCUUGCCUGCAUGAGGGUUGCCAGAGGAAACCUUUAAAAGAUGAAGGGAGGGGAAAAACAUCGCAGAGCUGAGGACUGUCAGAGCAUCUUGACUCUGGAAGAGAACUUGAGAGUGGAAUUCUUAGAGCAGAGUUACAACUGCAUCAAGAAUCUCAUCAUACAGUCUUUAACACAGAUAAAAAAUGAUCCUGGGGGAAAUUGGAGAAUUGAUUUAAAAACAGUAAGGUGGAGCUCCACAAAUCUGUAAAAUAUUAUGUAUGGGAAGGAGAAACCAAAUAGUAGACUUGGAAGUGGCAAAAGGCUGUCUAGUCCUCUUCCACCCACCCACUCAAAAGACACCUCCCAAGCCCACACAGUGCAGGAGCUCAGAGCAGACAGAAGGUGCCCUGAGCAAAGUGCUUUGAGAGCAAACGGCUCCAGAUGUCUCGGACACACCAGGCGAGCUACAUGCUGCGAAGAGAGAGAAGCACUUUCCUCUGCUCAUCGGUUGGUCUGCAGAGGGUUCAGUCCUGCUGGCUGCUGCUUUGUGUUGCCCUCAUGGAUCAACAUUGGCAGGUGCACAUGGCUGCCUAUUAGUCACCUGACAUCAUCAUGAUACCCACCUGUCAGAGAGUUGGCCCGCAGGGGGGGAGGGAGCUAAAGGCUUGGUCUCCUGGGCCAAAGAGGUUCCCCACCCCUGCUGUGGCUUGACAGCUGCUGCCCCCAGUGUUGUUAGGACACAGGCCUCUUUCCAAGUCGCUGUGGCUGUGAAGCUGAUGUGGCUUGCUCUGUGAGAUAGAGGAUUCCCUGGUGGUUGUACAGGCGUCUGAUGCCCUUACUUGACGGAGGGAUGAGACAUCUGUACCUCCACCCCAUCAGUGUUGUGGUCAAUGGUCAGGGAUGGUGAUGAGGCGAGUCGUAGUCUGGAGGAGCACAGCAUCUGGAGGCCCACAGGCUCCCCGCCCUGACUGUAAGCAAACAUCCCAAAUGAGAAACACCUGCGAAGACUAAGGGACCUCCGGUCUACACAAGUUUGGGGCUGGGUCUCUGCGGCAGAUGCACAGUGUUAUAUGCAGGGUUCUGCUCCUCGUGAAUGUGUCCUCAGCUCUGUGGUUUGCCUUCCUCUGCUCUGGAAUUGCAAAGAGGCCUGCAGCGUGGCUUUGAUGGUAAUCUUCGUUAUUACUACAGUUCUGCCAUGGAGUCUUGGCAAGGCUUUGAGCUCCCUCCGUUUGCUUGCUCUGCCUCCUGAAGGAAAUCUUUCUUUAAUGGGCUUUUCUGCAGAGCAGGGCCUGUGUUUGCCUAAGCAGGAGGGAUAUUGACAUGGAAGUCUUGGCAGCUUCUCUCUGACAGUUUUCUGGGAUUCUGGGCUGCCUUGUUACGCUUUCGGACAGUUUGUGUGGUUGCAGCAUUCUGGAGGGGCAUAGGCCAAGGCCAGCUUUUGUCACCUUUACUGUUUUCCUAUGUCCAGUGCCUCUUAGCCAUUUUGUCUCAUCCACAAUCUGUGAUCCCACCUGAUUACUAACGCUGCAUGCAGAGAAAGUACACAAGAAGACAGGAAGCUGCCUCAUCCUGAGUCAGAGCAUUGGCCCAUCCAGCUCAGUGUUGUCUACACUGACUGGCAACAACUCUCCAGGCUUCUACGCUACUUGGAAGUGCCAGAGAUUAAAGCUGGGACUUUCUGUGUGGAAAUCAGAUCUUCCAGCACUGACUUAUGGCCCUUUCCUGAAGGUGAAAGCCUUGGUGCUUUGAGAGGGGUAAAAGAAGGAAGAUGAUCAUUCUUUCAGAACAAAAAUUACUGCUUAAGAAUGGCACCAGUCACGGCUGUGUGUGCAAGUUCUUCUGAGAGUCAGCCAGCAAAGCAGAGGGAUGGACACAUGCACAGGCUCAUAUCCCUUCUCAACCAUGACCUUGGGACACCCCAUUAUUGCUUUGCCACCAUUUCCCACCUGUAAAAUGGGAAGAACAGUGGCUUGCUUGGCUGGUGUGUUCUGACAAAGUAAUAAUAAUGGCGGCAGCAAGGCAGUUUGUGAAGUGCUUGAUUGUGAUUGAAAAGGCGAAAGUAAUUCGUCUGCUACUGUUAGAAAGAUGUGAACCACUCUGAUUCUGAUUUGAUUCUAAGAUUUUGAUUUUAAUUGAUUGCUUGAUUUUAUCUUGAUGUGUUAUAUAAUUGAUGUUAGUCACUCUGAGCCCGGUUUCGGCCAGGGAGGGCGGGGUAUAAAUAAAAAUUAUUAUUAUUAGUAGUAGUAGUAGUAUUAUCAUUAUCAUCAUCAUCAUCAUCAUCAUCAUCAUCAUUGUUAUUAUUCUUCAGGCUUAGCUACCCUCCAGCUUUAUGCUGCCUCAGGACCCAACUCUGAUGCUGCCUUCCUUCCUCCUCAUUCUGGGGAGGGGCAGGGAAGUUUGCUUACCCACCCAGUUUGAGGCUGACAGAGGGCUGUGCUUCAUCUGUGUCUCUUAUAACCUUUAACAAGCUGGGCCUGGUUUGUACAGAAGCAAGAUCUGGGUGGUUCCUUUAUAAGGGAGCUGCGGAGGAUGGUUUGGGGGGGCAGUGAGCAGUUUUUGCCCCUGGACUGCACAGCGUUGGAAGGUGCCCUGGGUACCUUCCCCAGUGAGAACAUGCAGCCUUGGGGGUAGCGAGUCCUUUGCCAGAGAGAUGUGUGUGUUGCUGCCAAAUGCAGACGCACCCUGUAACUCCAAAACUUCCAGCUACAUGGAGCUCUCUGGAGUCUUCAGCAACAUGCUGCCAUCCCACCAGCCGGGCAGUUAAUAAGCAGGCCUGGUCUGCUUAACGGAGAGGGCUGGAAGGGGUCCCGCUGCAAUGAGCCCUUCCUUCCUCCCAUUCCCAGCCAGCUUGAGGGAAGGCUGGCCUGGAGCAGAGAGUUUCGUUUCUUUCUCUUGCCGGAGACCCUUGGCAAAUCCCAGGGCACCAACAAGGGAUAUCUGUGCCCUUUGGGAGUGGCUCUUGAGGUGUCUAGAAUGGAAAAGUCCAGUUGUCAAAGCUGAGAGCAGGGCGCGCCAGUAGCAACAGCCGAUUGGGGUAGUGGCAGCUGAGGCCAAAACACAAGGAAUCUUGGAGGCAGAAAGAGAAACUUUCUCUGCAGGCCAUAAAUCAGCCUGGAAAAGAGGGGAGUUCAGGAUCUGGCAUGGAAGAGCUGCUGACUGCCUGGAAGCUGGGGUGCUGCUGUGCCCCCAAAGGAGAGUUUGAGUCUCUGCCGGGAUGUGCAGGGGGAGAGAGGCAGAAACUGGAGCAAUCUUGCUGGGGAAGGGAAGGAGACCUUUGAGGACUUAAUGCGCUAAAGGGAGUGCUGCAUACCUUGGCCUGAUGGGAGGAUUGCGUCUGCUGCUUUGGGACGCAAAUGCACACAAAGGGAGAGAAACGUGGGCUUCAUAGAAUCACAGAACUGUAGAGUUGGAAGGGAUCCCAAGGGUCAUCUAGUCCAUCCCCUGCAAUGCAAGAAUCUCAACCCACAGUGCCCCAUCCAAUUUGAAACCAUGCUGGACCCUGCUUAGCUUUGCAAAUGUGCUAGUAGUUUUAUUGCUUUGUGUUUACUUUGCUAUCUCUUAGUUCUGUGUCUUUUCUUUUCCCAAUAAAAUGCACCAGUUGUUUUAAGAGCUCCUUACUGAUUUCACUGGCAGGUUCUGCCUACAUCUCAUAUCUUCUAAUCCUUGAAAUUCAUACUCCUGAAUAGUGCUACAGGCAACCAUUCACGAUGGCAGAUCCUAUGGGACAAUCCCAAUAAUAUAAGCCGCCCUGAUGUGAGCUAUGAAAUGACCGUGCUCAGGACAGCGACCACUUCGAUAAUUGAGAUUCUGGGCUGCUGUUUCUGCUCCUUUGGGCCUGUUGGGCUCUCAGCGUUGUGAGCUGCCCCCCUCCAUGGCGGAGGGGUGCCUGUGCUUGUGCAAACAAGGGUCUGUCUGUGCCCCCUCUUCCGCCCGCUGCCGCGUGCUCCCCUUCCCGCCCCAUUCCCUUCAAUUGGAGCUGACGCACGCUAUUUGUCGGAGAUAAAAAAUAGCAGAGGAGUAAUGGAAAGACAGAAGGCACAGGAAGGCGGUUUGGUCGUUAGAGACAGAAGAGCAGAAUUAACGUGCAGUGGGGGAUUUGGAGCGAACACUGCCUGCAUUGUAAUCGGAGAGGGGCAAGGGGGGGGAGAGAGAGACCGAGUGAGCGAGACUGACCCCCAAUCCCCUGGAGGGACGCGGGGAGAGUAGCAACGAGGAGAGAGUGAAGGAUUCCAGAGGUGGACUGGCUUCCUCUUUCACCAGACAGACACAAGGGAGACGGGCAGGGCGCCAGCUCCUGUACCUGCACUUCCAAUCUGGGCCAUUGACAGCUGGAGCUACUUUGCAGGGGAGGGAGGGGGGAGGCAGGCAGGGCAGCAGCAUGCAGGCUCUUCCGCUGGAAAGGGGAGGGAUGGUGCCUUGUGAAGUUGGGCGGCUGCUGCUGCCGCUGCUGCCGCUGGACGUGGUGGAGGAGGUGCAGGAGCCGUGGUCUCAAAGCAGUGGCAAUGGAGGGGUGCCAGGAUACCCUGUCCCCAGAGGAGCCAGCCAGAGACCCUCAGCCAGGCAGCCUGCAACCCUGAGCUCAGGCCAGACGGGACGGACCUGGGGACAGAUCUGCAGACACCGUCCCAGCUGGCAAGCGUUGAGCAAGCAGGCCAGCCUCCCUGGGGGAGGGAGAGCCUCGCAGCAGCUAAAUCAGAGGAAGAAAGGGCUGCCACGCCAGUCCCACCGGGGGAAGAGGGAGGGGGGCACAUGUGUUUCUUGGCAGCCUUGCAGGUGCAAAACAGUGACGCAGGCAUAAGCACCUUGUGAUGGAUCAUGUGGUGAGGGCAGCAGUUCAUUCACUCUUCCACCCACCCAAUUUGGGGCAGGAGGCCCAGGUCCUCAGUCCUCUUCCCCCUGGGUGUAGAGGAAGCCCCACCAGGAGCGCCAAGGUCCCUCUUUGGGACAGCUGUGCAUGUGGCUGCUGGACCCAAAAUGUGAUGCCUUUGCCUCUUAUUGUGGGGAGAGGAGAGUGUUUCAGUGCAGGGUGGGAAAGUGGGAGAAGGGCUGGGAGGGUUGGAGGGCAGCUGGGCCCCCAGGACACCUGAGCCCUUCUCCAGGCUCCUCCGGCCUGCCUACUUUUCAGCUGCUUCUCCAAUACAAAUACAUGCAUGCAUACAUAUAUAAUCUUAUUUGUAUGCCGCCUUUGCACAGUUCAAGGCAGCUUGCCACAUGAAAAAAAGUAGUCAUAAGCAAUAAAUAAAACAUUUAAAAACAAAGCUGAUCAAUUUCCACAUCAAUCACAACAUGAUCUAUAAUAACAAAAAAACCAACAACCCCCCCACCACCAAGCAGCACCCCAGCCCAAGAGUCUGUUCAGCAGCCUCACCUUUUGUAGCUGGAGUCAGUCAGGUCCUGCUCAGAGCACAGAUGGGGCCAGGCAGGGUGUGGGGAGGGAAGGUUGAGUGGCGUUGCUGGAGCAGAAAGAGCAGGGCUGGUGGGGAGGAGAGUUGAGGCACUGCAGCCCGAUUGCUCUGUUAAGGCUGUGGAUUGCACAGAUCCAUGGAGGCGUCUUCAUGUGGUGGCUGCAGUGACAUGUUACGGGGGCACAAGAAGUGCUAAGGUUUGCGUUUGACUUUUUAGUGGCACCUGAGAUGGUGUGUGAAGCAUUGACAUCUGCUUCUUUCCUCAUCCCAGCCCCACACAGUGGGGGAGGGGGGCUUUUAUAGGAGGCCCAAAUGUGCCCAAGAUGCCCAAGCCAGUUGUCCCUGUUCUGAACUCAUGAAUACUCGAGGCCUCUUCUUGUCUUUACCUUGUUCCAAGCGGGGAUUGAAGCCAGAGUGGCAUCCUUUCCACCCCAGCCAUCUGUGGGUUCCUGGAGGAUUAGGAAGAGGAAAUCUGGACUUAGGUUACUCUCAAUAUUGUGUUUUAAUUUUCUUUGAUUCUGAUCGUGUUGGCUCUCUAGUCUCUCUUCUCCCCAGCCCCAAAGCCCUUAAUAGCUUGGCUUUGAGCAAUUCCUCUCCACGUGCUCCUCUGGCUUCUUGUUUCUAGAGCACCCUGGGGAGGUCCGUAGCCUUGUGGAAGAUGACUGGAGCUUGGUCCAUGGGGUGGGAGCACCGGAGGGCUUGGCGCUUCAUCGUGUUUGCUGGCUCCCACUUACUCUUGUGUUCUUCCACCCUGGAAGAUUUCACUUGCCCUAUGGGACCAAAGGCUGGAGGCUUGUAAAUCGAGAUCCAGUUUGUGGCGUGUGCAUUUGCUCUGGAGAAAAUCCCCACCAGGGCGAGAGAGCAGAGGCUCCUCCUGCCAGUUCUGGUAAUGCUUAGCAAUGCUGCACAUGCUCCUCACCUGCGCUCUUUGACUACUUGGCCUAUUUCAAACUAGCAAAGUUGGGUGAGGAGGAAUGGUGCCUGUAAGAGGAGGAGGAGGAGGAGGAGGAGGAGUGGAAGGGAUUUCUUCAAAUAAGUAUAUUGAGCUCAUGAAACACUCUUUGUCAGAUGAACAAGUAAAGCAGUUGAAGCUGCUGACAUGUUCAUCAGUAGAGGAUCAGAGUCUUCUGUCUUAGAGAGACCUCCCAGUUACUUACCACCUUCGGUUGUAGACUACUUUUGAAGUCUUUCUCAGCUCUGUAGACGCUGCACUCCUGAACCGAAGCUGAAUGCUUUUAUUUUUCUUGAAACCAGUUUGCUGGUCCUUCUGGGUUGAGAUGAGUAUUGGUACAGACAGUGUUUCAAUGAUUUCCUACUGCAUGCAAACUUGUCUUACUGGACAAUACAUUGAGGAUGUUUCUCUAAAAAGCUUCUCUAAAGCUUUUAUACAAAAUGGCUCUGUGAGUGUGAAGAGGCCCCCCACUUGAACUGCUCUCAGCCCCCUGUCAUUCAAGUCCUCUCUCACUCCUCUGUUUGCCGAAGGGCAUUCGUUCUGGCAGUUGACCUCUUCUUCUGCCCCCACAGCUCUGCAGUGUUCUUCAUUGCCACGUUGGUGUUCAGAUUUGAGAGCCGUUGAGCAACCACCUGUUCAGAAGAGGCGCCACUUUGUAUUAGGAUGGAGGCACAGCUCUUGGAGAUGCCUCUCCCAGCUUGCCCUCAUACUUUGUUGGAAGCUACCCAGAGUAGCUGAGGCAACCCAGUCAGAUGGGUAGAGUACAAGAAAUACUUAUUAUUAUUAUCAUAAUCAUUAUUAUUGAAGCCCGUUGCCCAUGGGCGCUGCAGGAUUGGGGCCAUGGCGUGCUCCACUCCCUUUUUGGCAGGUCCUGAGAGUGCUUUGCCAGCUGCCAAGUCCAGACACACAUCCCAUCCUAUCUACGUCAAGAAUCUUUUUUCCUGGUGCAUGGAUUUAGAGCUACUCCAAAGAGCAGCUAUUCCCAUCUGGGAGUUUCCUUCCUGGGAGUGCCCAGCCUGAGUUUCUAGCUCUCUCUCUCCCAAUGGGACACCCCUGAAAGUGAUCCAGAAAGGAAAUGCCUUUGCUUUGCUGCUGCAUCCCUUGCUUGGUUAAACCCCCCAAAAUAUGGCUUCCUAAAAGCAUAUAAAAGGAAGCAUAUAAAUAUAUAAAUAUAAAUAUAAAUAAAUAUAAAGCAUAUAAAUAUGGCUUCCUAAAAGGGACGCGGGUGGCGCUGUGGGUAAAACCACAGUGCCUAGGACUUGCCGAUCAUAUGGUCGGCGGUUCGAAUCCCCGCGGCGGGGUGAGCUCCCGUCUUUCGGUCCCAGCUCCUGCCCACCUAGCAGUUCGAAAGCACCCUUAAAGUGCAAGUAGAUAAAUAGGUACCGUUUUAUAGCGGGAAGGUAAACGGCGUUCCGUGUGCUGCGCUGGUGCUGGCUCGCCAGAGCAGCUUCGUCACGCUGGCCACGUGACCCAGAAGUGUCUGCGGACGGCACCGGCUCCCGGCCUCUAGAGUGAGAUGACCGCACAACCCUAGAGUCUGUCAAGACUGGCCCGUACGGGCAGGGGUACCUUUACCUUUACCUUUACCUAAAAGCAUAACCCUGGCCACCAAACGUGGGCCCAGAUGAAAAGCUACUCUGAUGCUUCCAGGAGACGUUCAGCCCUGCGGGACAACCACUGAGUGAAUAGUUCACCUCUCAGACUCUUGCCACCUGGACUUGCCAUUCAGGUGAGGCAUUCAAGAGAAUGUACUUAGUUAAUUGUAGGUUUAUAGGGCUCUGUCAGCCAAAGUAUACAGAAACAACGAGGCAUCAAACAAGCCCAUUGUCAGCAUACAUUAUGCACUCUGGGCAACCUUCAUAUUUAUUCAGAGCAUCUAUAAACAUCCUGAUGUUUUAUAAAACUUUUGAGUGGUAUUCAAUAUAAAAACAAUAUCACUGAAACAGAAAUGCAACAUAAAACCAGUAAAACAGAUGAAUGAAAGAAAGGAAUAUUAGUAAUAUUAGAAAGGAAUAUUAAAAGCAUUAAUUUAAACAAAUAGUCCCAGUUUAUGGGUCAGGGAAACCUGGGCAAGAAGACAAGCCUAUCCAAAAGAAGAGCCUGCUGGAUCAGGCCAAAGGCUGUGGGAAACCUGCAAUCAGGCUUCGAACACAGGACGUUUAUUCCCCUCCUGUGGCUUCCAGCAACUGGGAUUCAGAAGCGUUGCCUCCGCCAAGUGUAGAGGCAGAGCAGAGUCAUCAGGGCUAGAAGCCACCAUAGUUCUCUCUUCCAUGAAUUUGCCUGAUCCUCUUGUAAAGCCAUCCAAGUUGGUGGCCAUCACUGCCUCCCGUGGGAGUGAGUUCCAUAGUUUAACCCUCAAAGCAUCUCAGCUGAAACAUGCAAAGAGAUCAGGUCCCAUAGUUCUACACCUGUACUGCCAUCUGCAGGUGUGGUCUGCUGCAGAUGAGGGUAAUUUUAACCUGAGGUUUAAAGAGUCGGGCAAAGGUGUGUCUCCAUGUGGAAGCAGACUCCCAAGUCUCAAAGAAGGAAGUGAGUCUCUGGAAAUGUCCUUUUCCCUCCCCCGGUUGUGGAAUACAGACAGAUAUUUAGGACUGUUGAAGCAGUUUCCUAGACCCUGUCAUCAGUGAUGUCCCACACCUGGGAAAGAUUUCCAUACUUCCUGUGCUAAUAACUGCAGCUUAUUGUGCCCCAAACUGAGGACUACUGUCAUCACAAAUUGGGUCAGUUCUCUCACCUGGCCCCAGUUUAACCUCUUGGCUAGAGGGGCACCCUCUGGGACAGAUUGGGGGGAAACUACACAGGGGAGGAGAGGAAAGGGAAUCCCAUCACGCAAGCACAAGCCCACUCACACAACCUUAGAUAUCACCACAGUGUUUUUGGAUUUUAUUUUUAAUUCUAAAAUUGUGUUUAUGCUAGCUUAUCUAUGCUGUGAGCCAUAUUUGCCUUGAAAAGCAAAAUGUAAAAAAAGAGCCACAACAUAUUGUGAGAAUAUACUGAACUUUCCACGAGGCAAAGCUUUUUACCAUUCUUCUGAGCGUGCACGUGCAAGCUUGGUCAAAAUAGUUUUUUUCAAAGACCUUUUUUUAGAAAGAAAAAAAGAAAUUGACUUUUGGUUAUUGUGCCUUUAAAAAAAAAUGAAAUGUGACUGUUGAGAGUCUCCCUUCUCUGCCCACCCCGCAGCCUUCAGCAACCUGGUGCUCUCCAGUUUCUGUUGGACCACAGCUCCCAUCAGCCUCAGCAUCACAGGGCCACAUUGGCUGGGAGUUAUAGUCUGUAGCACCUGGAGGGCAGCAGGUUGGCUUCAUCGGACCCCACUUGACUUUAAGGUCCCUAGUACAAGGCUCUUGCCUCUCACCUCACAGCUGCAAAGCAUUGUGUGAAAUUGACCCGCUGCGAGCAUGGUGGGGCUUGGAAGGCCUCUUGGCGGCUUCUUCAGAGCUGUGGCUAGCCCACAUGCAUGGAGCACUAGUCCACCCAGGCACAGCCUUGCCAGUAAAUUCGGUGCCCUGGGGCAACUCCUUUCAAGAGCCGCCGGAAAGGUGUGUAUAAAAAGGCUUUCCCUUUCUUCUGCGGGACCUUUGCAACUUAAACAGCCACCCUAUAAUUUUCACCUGUGUUCUUUUAAUGCCUUCCCAGCUGUGUGCAUUGCCAGAGGGUAUCUGGCAGGGGGCCUGCAUGGGGAAGGCAUGCGCAUGGAAGCAAUUGGGAGGCAGGCUCCAGGGCUGCAAGCCAGUCCUCCUGAGGGCUGGUGCUCAGGGCCGCCCCAUCACCUCCCACAGGCUGGCUGUCCCCUCUGCAGGCCAGGGGCACAGAGCAAAGGGGGAGCACCCCUUCGCUCUUAGGUGGUUCUCGCUUGUCACUUGCCUCCCGUGUUUGGUGGCUGGGGUGGGGUGGGGGGAUGGGGAUGGGAUGGACGCCAGCCAGCAAGGCAUCUGCUGCUCAGCCUGCCUCAGCUGCUGCCAGGCAAUGGCUCCCCGGGUGCUUGUUUGGCUAAUGUGUAUGAAAGUGCCAUAAAGCUCCUCGGCUGGCAGACGGCCCAUUGUCUUGGCUCUUGGCUCAACAAGUGGCCGGUGGAAGCCCCACCACCACACUGUGGUCAGUAUGGGGGGAGGGAGACUCGGGUGAUGGAGGCCCCGUGCUGUCUUGGUAGCGACAGCCGAGGCUCAGGUUGCUGCUGGUGCUUUGGAGUCUCUAAUUUGCUCCAGAUCCGUGACAGGGGGCUGGAGGCCAGCACCUCCCCACCACCUUUGCUGCUAAGGAAAAACGCAAUGUUGAGGAAACUGUAGACACAGACCCACCAGCAAGGAGGAGGCUCAGAAUUAUGCAAGGGCAAUGCAGCUCCUCACAAAACAAGGAAUGUCAGCAAGCAAACCACCCCUUUCCCCCAUUCAGCUAAUAGUAACCCGUGGCUUCUGAACUGACAGCCCCAGAGGCUCAGAACACCAUCGUUUUGUUUCUGUUUCCAUGCUUCUGGCUGCAAAAGCCUCAAGGGAGUGUGGAUGCUGACACAUCUGGGAGCCAGCCUGAAGCACUGGGUGCUAGCCGCGUACCUGGUCAUCUCAGUGUUCAACCCCAACUUCAGGUCAUUUAUGAACAAGUUUAAAAGCCCCUUUCCUGAUGCAAGUCAUGGGGGUAUGCCAGUUCUUGUAUCCUAGCCCAGCACUACGUUUCGUAUGGCAGCAAAACUGCCUUGAGAGACAAGGAGAGGGGUAUGUGACCCUGCUUAUUCUCUUACACUUCUUUGCAGCUUUUGAUUGUGUUGCGCACAGUAAUCGCCUGGAAUGGAUCAGUGCGGUGGUGGUUGGGGGCAAUUCAUUACAGCGGUUUCUGUCCUAUCUUUGGGCCUGUUUUUCCAGAGUAGUUAUGGGCGUAGGAGCUCAGCAGCAUGGGAGUUAAUCCUGUGGCACCCCACAAGGUUCCAUUCUUUCCCCCGUACUAUUUAAUAUCUGUAGGGAGCUGUCAUCAGAGGAUUUGGAGUGUUGUGUCACCAAUAUGCUGGUGGCAUAUCUAUCUCUGAGCCGCCUGAAUCAUGAGAGGCAGUUCAGGUGCUUGGAGACAGUGAUAGGUAGGAUAUGGGCCAACAAAUUGAGGCUCAGAAGACAAGACAGUUUUUUUCUGUCCAAGAGGCAGGGAGGCAGCCUAUUUUGGACGAGGUUGCAGACCCCUGGAAGGAGCAGGCAAAUAGGAACCAGCAUUGUCACUGGAGAUCCAGGCCCCCUGGGAGUGCCUGUUUCCAUUGCCAGCUGGUUUACCAGAUCAAAGAUACGUUGGCCGCUAUAAUCCGUGCUCUGGUAACUACUACAUUGGAUCACACUCUACGUGCCCCCCCCCCCCAAAAAAAAGAUGGUUCAGAAGCUGCGACUGGUCCAGAAUGAGGCAGCCAGGUUACUGACCAGGGUGACAUGUAGAAAACACACAAUUUCUGUUCUAAAUAGUUUUUCCCAUUCUCCUUGGGCCCCACAUACCUGAAAGACCGCCUCCUUCCCUACAGACCCUGCCAGAUGUUAGAUUGGUAGAGGAGGCCGUCUGGGUACAUUCACCUCUCUCAGCGGUUCAAGGGCUCUUUUUGUGGUGGCACCUGAGCUGUGGGAUUUCCCCCGUUAUGGGUGUGUCUGGUGACUUUGCUAUAUAGCUUUCAGUGUAUGCUGAAGACAUGCCUGUUUCUUUACUCUGGUCUUUGACAGUUAAAAAGAUUGUUUUCAUGACCUAUCUGGACAUUGUUAAUUAAAGAAUUACAGUUUUGUUUUACUGUACUUUUCCAUGUAUCAAACAAGGUUUUUUUAUUUAAAAUUUAUGUUAAAAAUUGGGGGUCGUCUUAUACAUGGAUAGUACAUGGGGGGGACAUGGGAUUGGUUACUGUAGCCAGCUGGAGAUGGUGAGCGGCUCUUGGGCAUGUUAUUAGUGUCUGCGGGAAGGGCUGGUGUUGAUCGGUUGUUGCUGCAGCAGUUGGGCGGGCGAAUGGCGGCUUCUUUUGGCGAGGGGACAGAUGAGAGGUGGCUUUUGUGACGUGUGUGAGUGGCAGCGUAGGUCCAUCGGGUGAGUGAUUUUUCGGCAAUCCCCCCCUAAAAAAAGCUCAGCAACACCCCCCCCCCAAUAAAAAUCAACAACUCUGGGCAAUCUCCCCCCAUUUUCUUAAUUUUGAGUCCCCCCAAAUAGUCUUAUACACAAAAAUACAGUAUUUUGUGGUUAAGCUAUAUUAUUAUUAGCCAUUGACUGUUUGGAAAAAAUUUGCUUACGACUCUUCUAGGUCAACAACCCAACACGCUUUAUUCACAUCUUCCACGUAAGCUCCCUCCAGUUGGGAUGGGCGGAUCCAGUGUCAGUGGCAUUUUCAACCAGGAAUGGGAGGAAUGUUUUUGCAAAUUGUAACCUACUGGAAAUAAUUCAUAAUGGCAAUGCUUCCCCUACAACAUGUGAUGGCAGCAUCUGGGAAAGGAGAGGGCUUCUUGCUAGGAGGCCCUGCUGCGUAGAAUAGCAGCGGUUGUGAGUGCCUGGAGAUUGUGUCAUCUCCAGUACGAGGCAUCCAGUUAAACCUUCUCUCCUUUUGUCUCUCUUCUUUUGCAAUCCUGGCUCUUUCAUGCCAGAAACCAUUCCACAAAUCUAGGUUAGCUGUAUUUUGGUCCCCAGAGCACUGGGGACUGGGGAACCUGUGUUCACCCCCUUCUUCCUGUGGUAGGAGAGCCCCUGCUGGCUGUGGUGGUGCAGGGCCAGGUGUCCUACAGAGGUGUAACACACCAGACAGCAUGUUAAUGUGGUGUUACUCUUGACCAGGAUACGGCUAUUUGGAAUACCAGCCACUAAGAGCCAAAGGUUGAUCCGCCUGCCUGGCUUGUCUAGCAUGACCAUGAAGAAGGAUAACCAUGGACUGGAGGGUGGCUGUGCUCUGCAGUAAUGCUUCUGAAUACCUGUUGCUGGAAGCUCUUGUGCUCAGAUCCUGCUUGAGAGUUUCCCUUAUCGGCAUCUGGCUAGCCACUGGGAGAACAGGAAGCUAGACUAGAUGGGCCAUUGGCCUGACCCAGCAGCCAGGCUCUUACCUGCUUAUUGCCAUCCGGUGGAAACUUCCUGCUAAAUGUUGACCACCCCCUACGAGGAAGUAAGUUGCCACUUUCUCCAGGGUGUCUUGCACUUGCCUCAUUAUUCCCCUUGAACGUUUUUUAGUUGUUCAAAGUCAUUGACUUAAGAGGACCUGAAACUAGAAGUUUCUCUCCUUUGAAUUAAGGAGGUGUGUUCCAUUUUUUAAGGGUGCAACAUGCAUGGAGAAUCUAAUUCGGAUGAUGCAGUAUGUGACAGAAGGCUUUGUUUAUGCUCUGUGUUAACUAGAAAUUCCUAGUCACAACCGCAAUAAAAUAAUAUUAUUUUUGUUCUGGCGUAGCAUUUUCCUCUACAACCAAAUAAGAAUUUUGGCUAUGAACAUGGCUGUUUUUUUGUGUUCAUUUCCUUAAAGUGUUUAGUUUUGUUCCAUUUUUCUCUGAAUAAACCUCUUUUAUUGUUCAAUAUUCCUCUCUUACUCUAGUUAUGUAAAAGUUCUGGCUUCCUGGUGAGAAUUCUCACCACUUGAUACUAUUGAAUAUAGUAUUCCUCUUGAGGGGGGCGGAUUUUUAGGGACACUAAAGGACUUUGGAGGCUCCAGCCUUACCUUAGUUGCUCCUUCUCAUAGUCAUCUGCUGCCCGCAAGCUAGAUUUGAGGUCGUCACUAAUAGGCAGAUAUUGUAUAAAUUUGCACCAUGCUUUGCGGGUUUCUAUAACUUCCCUUAAUAACUCUGAGCUCAGCAGGCAAAUUAAUUCUGUCCAUGUUUGGAAAAACAGCUUUUGUUUAGGUUUGAAUCCUUGCUGUUGUUAAAAGUAUAAGAGCAUCUGUUCUUCCUCUGAUGGAAGAGCCCCAUUUGAAGAGGGCCACAGCUCAGUGGCACAUCACCUGCUUGGCAUGCAGAAGGUCCCUGGUUCAGUCCACAGUGGCAUCUCCAGGUAGGGCUUGCCUGGAACCCUAGACGCCUCUGCGUUAGAUGGACCCAGUUGUCUGAUUCAAUGUAAGGCAGUUUCCUAGGUUCGCCACCAGCUCAAAGCACUGCUGUUUGGCACCUAAGCAUUGCUGCCUGCUUGGCGGGUAGUCUAGAUAGCUCUGUAGGCCUGUAUCUGAUCCCGUGGGAUAGCUCAAUCAGUGGAGCCUGAGACUCUUAAUCUCAGGGUUGUGGGUUUGAGCCCCACAUUGGGGGAAAGAUUCCUGCAUUGCAGGGAGUUGGUCUUGAUGAGCCUUGUGGUCCCUUCCAACUCUACAAUUAUAUGAUUCUAUUGAAUGUUAUGAUUUUAUAAUGCUAUGAUUUUAUUUAAUCUGCCUGGGAUCUAAGGCAAGCGAACCUCUUAGGAGACAGCUGGAUGCCCCCGUAAGUUAGUUGCAGCUCAGUUCCUUGUCUGCCCCCUUUUCCCAUGGAUAGCCUGACCCUCCAUGGAUGCCUCUGACUCUAGCAUCCCAUGCCUUGCUCGGGUCCAGUGACCCUGUCUUGCUUGCCCACAAGCUCACAUCUCUGUGAGACUCCUGGGAGGAGCUUCAGCUUCUGCCCCCAGCCUCCCACAGCUGCUGCCUUAUCUGCAGGCAGAGCCCCCAUGUGCUCCUGCCUUCUCUUUUGGCACUGAGCAAAGGGCUUAUUCAGUUCCCUACCACAAGAUGUAGUAGUUCGUGGAGGGUAAGGCUGUCAAUGGCCAAUAGCCACAGGGAUGGCUCUUCUUGCCUUCUCUUCUCUACACAAGGCAUACCUUGGAUGCUGCCAACCUCAGGAUUGGCUAUGGGGUCUAGCUUUCCACUUUUGAUUUAUUUCCCUCCCUGCCUGAUUUAUUUCCCCAGGAUGCUCUGCUCUGAGGCAGCGCCUCUUUCUCCCCCCACCAGUGAGUCUUGUUUUACGAUGGCCAUAGCGCUGGCAAGUGGCCUCUUGCCUCCUUCUCAGAGUCGCCUCCCGCCCGCCUCACACACCUACACAAAUGCUGCAGAAGUGGAGUAAGCAUUGCCCCCCCCAAACCCCUUAAAUUCAUCUUGAAAUGCCAAGACCCAGGACCCUGUUGGCCAAAUGACAUGAGCCUAAAAGGAAGUUUGCCUCCGGUCAGUACGACAUAGUCUUCUCUCACUAUACAAACAAGUUGGAUUUAUAUUAUUAUCAAUGACAUGAAACUCCAGCAUGUAUUGAUUGUAACCCCACCCGAGGUUCUGAGAACAGGAUGACCCAUAACUAUGGAUUUGAAGGCAAGUCCAGGGGUUGCGCUGUGCUCAUUCUUCUUGCUUCCCCCACGGGGAACCACGCCUUCCUCCUCCUCCCUAUAGUGGGAUUCAGGUCUGUGAGGAUUGUUCUGCCGUGUGCAAGUCCAUGUCCUUCUGCUUGCUGGUCAGCAAAGCCCCCCUCUCCAGUUGCCCCAGUGGCCACGCCAAGGGUCCCCGGCUCACUCGCCUCCCAGCACUGCAGAGCAGAGUCAUUCAGAGUCCUGCUUUUCUUUGCAGAUGAAAGCCUGCUUUUCUUGCUUGCAAAGCCAGGCCUAGAGGGUGCUCAGUCUCUCCCCAGGGAUGGGCUGACGUUAAGUUCAUCUUGGGUAGAGCCACAGGGCUCCCGGUGGCAGCAGCAGCAGCCAGGCACAGGCCGGAAGAUUCUGUCUUUGUUUUGCGCGUGUGGCUUUUCCAUCUUUCCCCUCGUAAUCUCCUCCUCCUCCUCCUUCCUGAAUCCAUAAUCAUUUAACUCCGAAUUGCCGACUUCCUGUCUCGGUCUUUACUCUGCAGAGGGCCAGAGUUGGAAAAGAAGAGAGUUAGACAAACACACCUGGGACCGCAAGCUGCAAGUGUGGCUGUUCCAAAGCUCCAGAGAGCAGCCAGGUGCACAAGGGAUUUUGCUCAUUAUUUCUCUCUUUAUUAAAAAUAUUUAUAACCUGCCCCUCGAUCUGCGCAGAUUUCAGGACUAGUUCUGGAGCAUGAAAUAGCGAACAAUGCAACAACCAACUAUAAAACACAUCAUCAAAGACAAAUAGCUUCAUCUGAAACAGAAGAGCAUGUUAAACAAUCGCCAAUUAAAAAUUUUUUAAUACCUGGGAAAAUAAGUUUUAACCUGGCACCGAGAUGGUAACAAUGUUUGCGCCUUUCUCACUGCGAAGGGCACCAUUUCACAGAUGGACACCAUUCUCCCAGCUAUACCAGUCCCCAUGAUGGAUCACAAGUUUUUCUUUAGCAAACCCUCCAGGCUGAUAUAGGAAGAGGCGCUGCUUCAGGUAUUUGGGCCUCAGCAGCUUGAAUGGGGCUCGGAACCAAACAGGCAGUCAAUGUCAUUUGUUCAGAGCCGGUGCCACAUGGUUCCGUAUGGUCCAUCCUGCUUUUCACUUGUUUCUACCCAGCGAGAGGCUGGGCCAAAACUCAUUUGUGCCAGGGCCAUUUUCUAGCCCUGCAACCCCCCCCCCCCCGCUUCCCAUGGGGGUUCUCUGUACCUCCCUCCACACAUACCCCAAAUCACUGGCCGUUUCCCCCAUGUAGCCUCUCCUGCUAUUAUACUAUUACUUCGUUUAACAAAAUUUAUAUACUGUUUGAUCGUAAAAACAACAACUUUAUAAAAUAAAAUGUUAAAAAUACAUCCAAGACCUUGGUCCUCACAACCACAGUUACUUCAUGUUUCCCAGUGAUGCUAGCUCACAACACAGCAUCUGUGGAUCCUGAAACCUGCUGCUUCCUGCUGCAAAAUUUCAUCUUCCAUUCCCCUCCAUCCUUCUGCAGCUAAAACAGAGGAGCCCUUUUUCCAUCAGUGGGAUCUGUUUCUGUUGCUGCGUGCAGAUCACAGGAGGGCUCGUUUGGUCUGAAUAGAUCACAACACUACGGCAUUUGUGAAAUGUGCAAGGCAGGGCUAGCUUUAGACUCUGAGUAGACCCAGUGCCCGGAGAAGCAGGUCCCUUCUACACAGAGCACGUGUUAUCUCUUGCGAGAUUGGGGUCGCCUGCCGAGCAGCCCAUUGUGGCAAACCCCACCCCAACACUGGGCAGGGGGGGGGUCCUUGGGGCUUCGGCGUGGGAUGUGGGAGUGCAGUGAGUCAGGCCCCUGCUUUUCAAGGAGCUGCCCUCACUGGCUGCCUGGUGCCUCUCCCCAGCACCACACGCUGCUCCCCGGCAUGGCUUCCUGGCUGCCACAGCCACCCGUAACAGGCAACCUCAUCCUUUGUUAAAGGGGAGAUGGGGGGAGGAGGGGGAGCGCAGAAAUGGUAAAAUUAAAUUUCCCAGAUGUUCAGGCCCCAGGAGCUCUCUUGCUGUCUGGAGAGGAAAUGGGGAUUCGGAAAAUCCCGCCUCAUAUUUUUUCCCCUAUCACCUUGCCUUUCCGCUGCCAUUAAGUUAAGCAGGAACAGUAAAUUAAGGGGAUUGCAAAGCAGGCCCAUCUUUGGGGGAGGAGGAGGGCAGGAAAAGCCCCUCCAAGCUGUGGCCUUGCCCCAAGCAGAGAGCAGUACAGCUGGCCUCCAGGUCCCGUCCCCCCUUCUUGCCACUGGAAGAAAGGGUGGCAGAGGACAGAAGGACCCUGGAGUAGCUUCUUCUGCCUUUUAACUGGCUAGGUGCUGCUUGCUUCAGCCCCCCCCCCCCAUAUGCGCUGUGCUCUGGCGGGAGCUUAAGAGGGAAUGGAUUGGGGGGGCACUGCUGUAGCACUCUUAGGUCACAGGGGGUCUUCUAAUGAACUGGCAUUCAUCUGCAAAAGUUUGUAAGCACAAGUAAAAAGGUGGUCAGCAAAAUCACCCCAUAAUAUUUUGCCAGGGGGUGGGAGGUGCAAAUAGGACUCCUUUACCCAGCAUUAAGCAGCAGUGCCCCCUGUCUCCGUCCUGAUCCACCUUGAGUUUAUGUGGACUAGGAAGCCACUGGGUCCACAGGCCACGUCACCAUGGAGAGCUAGCACAAGGCAGAGGGCCUCUUGUGUGUGAUGUUCACCUUGGGUUCCAGAUGGGGAAGGUGGCUCUUAAAAUCACAUCCCUGGUCACCUUCACCGUGGCAUAGCAGCCUUUGCUCAUGCUUUUAACUUCUGGCUUUCCACAGUGAGCUCCUGAGCUUCGUCUAACCUCCAGGAGAGGUUCUUGCUUUGGACGAGGUGGGGAAGGUUUUUGCUGAGUGCGUCAAGCAAGCAACUGCUGCCUGUUGCACAAUUUCUCCCUUUCCACAUCAUAUUAGUCAAGCUUUGCUUUUUCUAUCACUAACAUUAGUGAGAAUUCCCACGUGGCACUUUCCCUGUUUCUCAGAGUGGCCUCCUGGGAGUGGAGCUCAAGGAAUUGGCUCCCUGGUGGCUCCAGUCACACCUGAAUUUGAAGAGGCGGAGAAAAAGCUCUUUUAUAUCUUCAGGAAGCUUGCUUCUUAUUCUGUCCCUGCUUUUCACUUCUUCUUCUUCUUCUUCUUUUAAAUAUUUUUUUAUUAAAGAUUUCUUGGUUUGCAAAAGUAUGUGCAACGCCUCUUUUUCCAAGUUACAUUUUUUGCAGAUCAGAUUCACUUGUUGAGACAUUAGCGUUACAUAGGAACCUGCUUUUCACUUCUGACCUGGACUUUUCUUGCAGCUCCCACUCAGCUGGGAGGGGGGCAGCACUGUCUUGCUGUUUCUCUCCCCCCUCCUUCCCCCCUUCCCUGUCCUGAAUGCCUGACCCCCAUAGACCUCAGGAGGUGCGGCUGCCUCUAUAGCUUUUGAGUCCACUUAGCCCCCUGCUGAGCUGGGACUUCAAAGUGGCAGCCUUUUCCUGCUCUUAAAGAAACAGCUGCUUGGGGGGGUGUUACAGCGCAGUUCUUUGCUGGGGGAGUCCUCCACAAGCCAACUGUGUUUGCUUCCAUUGACUUCACCAGUGUUGAAGCAAUGAUUCUUCAACAUCAACUCCGUUGGACUGGUCAUGUUGUGUGGAUGAUCGUCUUCCAUAGCAGCUACUCUAUUCUGAACUUAAAAAUGGAAAGCGUAAUAAUAAUAAUAAUAAUAAUAAUAAUUUAUUAUUUAUACCCUGCCCAUCUGGCUGGGCUUCCCCAGCCACUCUGGGUGGCUUCCAAAAAAACAAUAAAAUACUGUAAUACACCAGCGUAAUGUUGGUGGUCAACAAAAGAGGUUUAAAGAGUGUCUAAAGGCAAAUCUGAAAAAAUGUAGUAUAAACACUGACAACUGGGAAACACUAGCCUGCGAGCGCUCCAGUUGGAGAACAGCCUUUACCAAAGGUUUCAUGGACUUUGAAGGCACUCAAACUCAGGCCGCAAGGGAGAAAGGUGCUAAGAGGAAGACACGCUUGGCAAAUCCACACCGUGAUCAGCUCCCAUCCUGAAACCUGUGUCUCCACUGUGGAAGGACAUGUGGAUCUAGAACUGGCCUCCACAGUCACUUAAGGACUCACUGUUAAAACCGUGCUUAUGGAAGACAAUCUUACUCGGCUACAAGAGAUUGCCAAAGAGAAAGAGACUUUUCCCGUCCCUUAGCCUCAUCUCAGGGAACCAGGGACAGCCAAAAGGCAUUCAAGGCAUCCUGUCCUGCUACAGCCCACAAACUGCUCUUUGCAUUCCAAGAAGCCCAAAUACUUUAUCUCUCCCCGACACCCCAAGCUCCUUUAUUGUUGCAGAGAGAUGCUAGAAUAUGUUGUGGCUCAAAAAAGGCAAAGGCCAGAUCAGGUGGCAAGGAAAAAGCAGCCCAGUUUAAUUGCUUUGAAGGCUGCGCUUGCACUUUUUGCUGCUGAAACGUGCCUCACGGAGUACUGCUUGCCUGAUGGCUUUGGGGGCCAGUUCUUUCUGCUUUGUGUUUUGUUGAUUUGUAAAAAUCUGUGGACUGCCCAAGGGGCAUGGUUAAUUGGGUGGCAUAAAAAUACAAAUAAAAAGCCUGUUUGUAUCUCUGAAAUGAGGGGCAACGUGGCAUAACAGCCUUGUGUUGGCACCAAUCUCCCCACCACCCGACUAGCUCUGUGAACUUGGGACAGCAACUUCAACAGCAGUCGUGCCAGUUUGCUGGGGAGAAUCCAGCCCCUCUACUAAGAAAAAAAAACCCCCAAACCACAACACCAUUUGAAAUGGCAAGAGACAGGUACGGGUGCCCCUCAUGCUUGAUGCAGGUACCACAUUUUGCAUGUGUGGCCAGUACAAAAACACCCCACAUUUUUGCUCCGGCCAGUGCCUCAGCGCAUUUAUCAAACAUUUUGAAAGGAUGCUUCAAAAUGGCGACCCACGCCAUUACAGUUUGCUCUGCUUCAUUGCCUUAUUGAUGAACGUGCCGUUACUUGAGUGCAGCUAAAUAGACCUAGCCGCAGCCUUCAAUUUAGCAAUCCAUUCCCAGUAAUACAUGCAGCCCCCAGCCCCCGCCACCCCUCUCUCAGAGCCUUCUACCCUCUGCUUUCCAUGGAUCAGCUCAGCCAAUUGGUGGGAGGUUCAGGGUGGACAAGACUCCUUCACAAUGGUGCACCUCCUCCUUGGGGACUGGUUUAUAAGCCUCCCUAGGCAUGGCGACUGGCACUGAAGGCACAGGGCGUGCACUUUAGAAAUAAAUAAAUAAAAUGCUCUUAAAAACCCUCUGGCCACUGUGGGGAACAGGAGGCUGGACCACGUACACCUGUGGUCCGCUCCUGCAUUGAUGCAUGUUGGGGCAAGUGGCAGCUGCCACAGCCAGUGAAAGAGGUGGUGGUCCUCUAAAAUCACUGGUAGCUGCCAGCUGUGUUUCUUCACAGCAGGAGAGCAGCUCUAUGUGAAGGGGGAGCAGCGGCGUAGGGACGUGCACAUGGCAAGUGUAGGGCUGUUCCAUUCCUAGUGUAUCUGCCUGCGCUUCCCCUCCGUCAGUCGUCCCUAGUUGGCAUGAUGGGAAAGGCAGCAGCAAUGGUGGGCUGGGAGGAGAAGCCCUGGAGAUCAGGUCAAAGGGCAGUUUGCCCCAGGAAAGUACCGGUAUUGGCAAGGCUGGACUGCAUAGGGGACGCAAGUUGAAGGAGCCAGUGGGACAAAGGAGAGGACUUGGCCCUUCUUUGAACCAGCCUCUGUAAGUCUUGGCUCCUGUGAAUGCCCCUGACACACUUCUAACAUGCUCUUUUCCCUUCCUUCCGGGUGGGUGGGAAACUGGAGCUCGGUGGUACAGCACCAUGUAUGGAGAAGGCGCCAGGUUCGAAACCUUACGGGCACCUCCAGGUAAAAAGGUUAGAUAGGAGGGGAUGGAGAAGGGAGACCUACCACCCCCUCCAGACCCUGAGAAGCCACUGCCAACUAGAGUGGACCAUACUGGGCCAGGCAGGCAAUGAGUCUCAGGCUCCUGCUGCUUCUGUUCCACAAAGCAAAGACACCAAAAAGCCACUUGGUGUCUUUGCAUCCAUCUUCUCAGCUAGCAGCCGCCAUCUCCACCCACGCUAAGGGCAGCCAGAAAACAACUCAGUGGGGUUAAGAAACCGCUCCUUCACUUUUCUCUCCAUGCAAAGAAGAAGAAAGAGGGCAGCAGUCUCUGACUUAGGGAGACGGGAGACACUGCCACGGAAUAGGCUACUCUUCCCCGUUGUGUCUGUGCUGCUGCCUUUAACCGUUCAGGCAUCCCCAGUGAAAAACAGGGCACUUGCUGGGUCGGACAUAGGCAGAUCUUACAGGAAUAUGGCAGUAUCAACAAUGUCAGCAAUACAAUGCCCAUAAGAGUACAAAUCUUGGGCAUUCUCUCCACUUUGGAUUCCUCUGCAUAGCAUUUGAGCAUCCCUACAGCAGGGAGAAUCAAAAGCCUUCCUCCCAGGCUGCUUCUCAGCAUUUCCCUUCUUCCACGUCAUUAAUUGCAAAUAAAUUGCACUCAACCACUGCACUACUCCUUAGGGACGUUCCUCAAUUCUCCCAGCUUUUUUUUUUUUUUUUUAAUUGAGGGGGAGUAUUUUCAGAAUCCUAUGUUACUCAUUGUUUGUCUAUUUCAGAUUGAAUUACUUGAUAAGCUAUGAAAUGCCACCUCGGUCUCUUUUUUGAAGAGUGGAGAAAUGAGUUCUUGCACUGCCAUAACUAGGCUGUUACGAUGGGGCAAGCCAGUGUUUAGCAGAUCAAUUGAUAAUAGUAGAAGGAGGUUUGCUCUGCGCAGGAAAUGUUUGGCAAAGUAUUAAGGCAAAAGCCAGUGGGGUGCUAGAGAUGGUAACUUUUCCUGACCUGUAUCUCCCCCUCUAUUGUUCGGGGUGGAGCUUCCUCUGCCAUGACCUUUUGAAGUCCCCCUGCCUCACAGAUAAGUUUACAGAUUUAGUUUCUGUUGCAAAUCUCCCUUUUCACGCUGCUGAAACUCAAGAAGGUGCCUUUCCCCAGCUUCCUCCAGAGUUCCUUGACUGAGUCUGGAGGCCUCUCUGUUCCCAUGUGCCACAUGCAUGCCCACCUAUCCAACAUGCUGCUCCCCCAGAAUGUCAAGAGCGUUCUUCCACCAACACCCACAUGAAAGCAAGUUGCUCCUUUCUUUUUCUUCCCCUUUUUCUACAUUGCUUUAUGUGGGGAUCUGCACAUAGGCUGGAAUGGGCUGAGCUUUUUGGAACAGCUUUGAGGCUGCUGCUCUGCGCUUUCUGCCCCAAGAAGCCUUAAGAAUUUGGCUGUUAGGAAGCUGUGCCCCUGCCCUCGCCACAUGCUCAAAUCCCCUUAGCUUGGGCAUUUUGAACUCUCAGCUUUGGGUUCGUGGGGUGUAGGAAUUUGUUCAUUCUGAAAUGCAGAAGUCAAGAGCUCAUCAAAUAGACCAAUAAGUAGAUUUACGCACCUUUUAAAUUUGCGUGAUAACGGGUCUCAGAGGCACAAUCUUCUCUCAACAAUUUCAGCCCAAAGACAGCAACUCUGAGAGUGAAAGCAAUUUGGAAAUUACACUGCGAAUUCAGGGCUAUACCACUUUUUUAAAAACAGCUUGCUUUUUAAGCAGUGUGUUCUCUGUCAGUGCCCCACAAAUAGCAAAGAUGUUUGUUUUGCAGUGUCCUAAACCUACCUACCUACCUACCUACCUUCCUUCCUUCCUUCCUUCCUUCCUUCCUUCCUUCCUUCACACCACAUAGAUCAGUUGGGGGAUCUGUUUAUGACACACCAUUUCAGUUAGGAAGAACUUGGCUGGAAUGUGGCAGUUGCCAAGCCUUGUGCCCUAGACAGCUGAGGGCAUGCGAGACGAGGGGGUCAAAGGAACAAAGGUCCCAGCUAGCAUAGCAGCCUGCCUGCCUUUCCCCCUCUGCCCCUGUCAUUCUUGCUCAUGCUUCUUUGCUCAGCAGCAUAAGGGAUCUGAGCCUCACCCUUCUAUGCACCAACUUCCUUGCAUAUCCUAUGUAUGGUUUGCACAGCAAAGUCACACUUGUCAACUGCCCUUCCUUUUCUGUCCCUCAUGGGCUGAGAGUUUGCGGAAAGGAGAACUGCCCCCCUUGCGUUGCCUUUCUGGGAGGGUGAAGGUGGAAUGGACCGUCCAGGGGAUGCCUGUGGUUCUACCCAGAGCUGCUGGAGUCUGAUAUCUAGGUGGAUGGAGCCGUCUUGGCACUUGGGGCUCCUUGGACUCCCUGCCUCUUUUACUCGGAUAGGCUGUGUGGAGCGCUUUGUCUACACAUGCACACAAGCCCAGAACUUUCCCCUUUUCUUGGGGACGGUUGCAGAUGUACAGCACCUCAGUCAGUUGGUUCCUCUCUGUAAACAAAGGGCUCUUCCCCCAUUUUUCCAUAUGCCAUAAACGUCUUUAUUUACUGAGUAUUUAAGAGCUUCAUCACACCUUAACUGCAGUUGAGGUUUUGUAACUGGGCGCAAGAAGAGGCCAGAGUGGUGUGUCUGAACCAAGAGAGAUUUGGGGACGGGAAGGAGGUUGCCUUUGGGAAUGCUUCCAGAUGCAUUGCAGUGCGUGGUCUGCGUGGCCUUCUCCUGCCGGGGCUGGAAGUAGCAAAUGCACAGGGCGACCUCGCUGCCACAGGGGGCUUUGCUUAGCCCCCAGCCCUCUAACUGGUAUGCUCACAGGCAAACCAUACUGGUGGCCACUCUCUGGAUUUGGUCCCUAGCACCUGAUGCCUCCAGCCUGUCAGCUGUGGGUAGCCUCCCUCUUAAAACAAUGGCCAUGCCAGUAGCUGUUGGCAAGGAACUCUGCGGGUCACUGUUUGUUAGUCCUGAACCUGCUUCUAAACAAUUUCAUUUGAUGAUCCUGACUGCUAAGGAGUCACUUCGCUUUCUGCGUUACCAGUGGCUUCAUCAGUUUCCACUCCCCAUGUUACCUACUUCCCCCUCUCCACCCCACACAAUACAGAAAACAGCUACAAGGUGAAGGCUUCAUCAGCACUUAAUAUUAUUAUUAUUAUUAUUAUUAUUAUUAUUAUUAUUAUUAAUGGCCCAUGCCAACAACUAGGUUGUUUUGCUGGCCCAUUUGCUGCCUUCUCUCUGCAGAGUUUCCAAAUGUGGACACACUGCAUUUCCUAACAACUUCCAUUAUGCAAUUAGUGUUGCAUAAUUUCUUUCUUUCUUUCUCUCUCUCUCUCUCUCUCUCUCUCUCCCCCCCCCCCCAAAAAAAAGUUUCAGUCUAAAAUGCAGGCAGUUCCCAGUAGCUUGGAAGUCCAAACCAAUAAUCUGAGAAAAUAAAUUAACCACAGAUUUCAAAUGCGGGGUUUUAAAACUAGAACCAUCAUCUUCUAGGGGGGUCAACAGCACAAAAAGAUUGCUAGGCGAAUUUCCAGGUUAUUUGCUUUCAUGCUAGCUGAAAGGAUAUUCCUUGUUAAAACACAGUCAAAAUAGUCCUUUCUGCUGGAGUAUGUUAAAACUCCCUUUUGGAUUAAUUUUUUCCUGUUGUUCAAAUGGAAAUUGCUGGGGCACUUGUUAAACUAACCUGCUUAAUAAGAGACCAACGUACAGCUGUUGCAUAUCCAAUGGAUAUGUUUUUUUUGGGGGGGGAGUAGGAUUUGGGGGUGGGGUGGGCUGGUGACCCUCUGCAUUCUGGAAAGGACCAUUGUUCUGGCUUUUUUCCUUACUAUCCUAAUUUUAUUUUUACAACAGCCCUCCGAGGCAGUUGAGACUGAAAGCGGCUUGCCUCAGGAUUCCUAUUACACUUCAGGGCUGAGUAAAGAUCAGAAUGGGACGAGGUGGAGGUGUCUCAACCUCCCAACCUAAACUUUUUUUGGGGUGAGGAUAUAUCUCCUGCUAAGCAGAACAGGCUGCAAAUCCAGCCACUGCGUAAGAAGACAAAAGUAAGCUUACAGCUACACUAAGUGGGACUGGUUUCUCCUCUACAGAGAGAAUCCCCCCCCCCUUUGGUUUAUGAGAGGAGCAGUACGGAGGAUGAGGGGCAAAGAUGGUGAGAGAUCUCGCAGGAGGGCCAGGUGAGCUGUGCUUGCUGCCCAUAACUUGGCUGGGUUGAAGUAGAGGAGGAAUCUCAACCAUCCCAAACCACCAUGCCUGGGACUAAGGUUGGGAAGGGGGCAGGCUAGGUGUGUGUGGGGGGGUGUCUUUCGAGUUGCUCACUGGGGAGAGAAAAGCUAAGGAGAUGAAUGUGGGAAGUGAUGGGUGGACAGGCGAUGACUUAAAAUGCUUCCUUCCUUCCUUCCUUCCUUCCUUCCUUGGAAGUCCCUUCUAGCUCUUCAUCUUGGGCAUUUCCCCCAGACUCAUUCCCAGACUGAAGAAUUGGCGGCGAAACUGGGUGGUAGCUGAGAAUUGGUGCAGGACAGCAGAGUUGCCAUUGCUCAGGGCUGGGGAGUGGAGGGAGGUGUUCCUUCUCUCUACCCCAGACUCACCAAGGAGCUCAAGCCACUCAUUCUCUGGACGGAGACAUUUUUACCCAACCCUCUCAAGCACUGCGGCGAAGUAGGUGUUGCCUCGGACAGAUGCCCUUCAGAAAGCCACACACACACACCCCAGUGCCGGUUUGCCAUUUGUGAUGUGCAAACCAGGUGUGACCUCGGGGUCUUGGUGAGGGUGUGUAUUCUCUGGGCCCCUUCGCCAACGCCUCUGGCUUCUCCCUGGUCUCUUGAGCUGCCCUGUUUCCCCUGCUUUCCUUGCACUUAUCGGCUCUCCUCCCAGUCCUUUCCAAGCACCAUCUCUCUUGGGCCUGCUUAUGAGAGAAGUUUAAUAAUUCCCCCUGGAAAUGAAGUCUCCCAGAACCCUGCGGCACAUGGAGGAGUUUAUCCACUUUGGCAGCAGCGCUGACUGUUCCUUCCCGCAUCCCAGCAUCGUCUUAACCUGCAGUUUCUUUGUGCUCCUUCCACCCCCUCCGCACCCCCUGCAAGCCAGGAGAGCCCAGGACUUACCAUCUUCCUCUGGUUGCUGAGGCAGAAAGUGCAGAUCUGUUUGGGCUGGGAGUUUUCGCUCUCCCUCAUAGGGGGACUGCUGCUGCUGCUGCCGCUGCUGUGGUGGAAGAAGGCUGGCGUGGUGUGGCACGGCUGCCCAUCUCCGCACGCGUCCCCCACCAGGAGGACGUUGCCCAGGUGUGAGAUGUAGCUGGAGGCCAGGCGGAGCGUCUCGAUCUUGGAGAGCUUCCUGUCGGCCGGCUCGGUGGGGAUGAGUGUCCUCAGGGCGGUGAAGGCCGUGUUGACGCUGUUGGUUCGGUCCCGCUCCCGCGCGUUGGCCGUGUGGCGCUGCCGGGGCUCCCUGUUGAUCCGGUUUGCCUUCUUGCUGCGGCGCUUGCUGCUCUUGAGUCCGUACCCGCCGGCGUCCAGGUGGUAGGGCUUGUCCUCUGACCCCGAGCUCUCGCUCCCAUCCUCCUCGUCCUCCGAGAGCAUGCUGAUGUCCGGGUAGAGGAAGCGGCUGGGGGCCGAGCGCAGCAUGGCAAAGGAGGACAUGGCCAGGAGGUCGGUGAGAAGAGAGUUGGGGGGGGGGCUUCCUCCUUGUGGACCUGCUGCCCUGUUACCUCUGCUCUCUCAUCCUUUCGUAGUUCUGUGCAGUGCGAGGAAGAGGUGGGCAGGCAGCUCCCAGAAACGCCUUCCCCCUGACGCCUUGCCGGUGGUUCUCAUCCACUUUCUCUGGCUGCUCGCCUAGCUGAGAAGGAGUUAAGCUCUGUGGUCACACACUGCGCAGCUGGUGUCUCUUCUUUGCACACGUGUGUGUGCGUGCUUGCAUGCGCUUAAAGCUGCUUUUGGAGUGUGGCAGGAGCCAGAGAGCAUUUUAUAGCACCAGUGAGUGGUCUGUCAGACAAGCCCCUCCUUCCCCUCUCCUCCUCUUGCUCUGCUUGCAGCAGUUUCACGCCUACCUGAGCAUUCCUUCUUUUUCCUUUUGGGAUGGAGGAGGGGUUGUCAGCCGUGGCCGGAGGCUGUGGGGAGAAGGGGGAGCCCUGUGUGGGCUUCACCUGUUGCUGCCUCCAGGACCCCAGACUCCCAGCCUGGCAGAUGUGCUUGUGGGGUGGAGACCACAGAGGUCUUUGUCCAUAAAAAUUCUUCCGCUGCUAUCGUGCGCUCAGACUAGAGUAGCUUGGAGAUGUCUAGCCCUGCACAGCGUAUUAUUUGAAAGGAUGGGGUGUGAAGUGCACGGUGACUGCUCCCUUGUCUUGAAAGGAUGGGGUUUUGGAUUGGGGGGAGUGUGCAAAUGUCUCCAUUUGGUUGCUCAGAAGCCGCCACAUGCCUAAGAGAGCAAAUGCUGGAGCAGAGGUGGAAGAUGAAGGGGAGCCACACUAGACCCCCUGGCAAGGGGCUUUCCCUCCCCCUCGGAAGAAAGCCCACUUGGGGACGAAGCUGAGCCAGUUUGGAAAUUAGUCAUUCCUGGAGAGAAGUGAAGAACAAAGAGCACUCCAGUCUCUCUUCCCUAGUCACUUCCCACCAAGCAGAACCAAAUCGAUCCUGCUGCUAAUGGAGCACAGCAGGAAGGAGAAGCCCUCCUGCUUCCACUAGGUCUGCUCUGGAGAAGCAGCAGAGGCAGCUCCCUCUCCUCUUUCUCGCCCGGAUGCCUGCCUUUUCAGAGCCCCCCAGGACCCACGGAGCAGCACUUGCCUUUCCACCUUAUGAGGACAUUCAUUCAUUUAUCUCCUCCAGCCACACUCCUAAUGCCUGAUACCCUAAGCCAGGCUUUCCCAAACUUGGGUCUCCGGCUGUUUUUGGGCUACAACUCCCGUCGUCCCUGACCACUGGUCCUGCCAGCUAAGGAUGAUGGGAGUUGUAGUCCAAAAACAGCCGGAGACCCAAGUUUGGGAAAGCCUGCCCUAAGCUAAGGCAAGGAGCACACCGCUCCUUCCUUUUGCCUUUGUGGCCCCACCCUGAGCUUUCUCUCCUGUGGCGCUUACGCAUACGGAUGGUGCCUUGGAAUGAGCCGGACUAUUUGGUCCAUAUAUAGCCCAAUAUUGCCUGGCUCUCACUGGCAGCAUGUGGCCUUUGCCAGCACCUGCCCUCUGGAGAUACCAGGGCUUUUGAGCCUGGGACUUUCUGCCACUCAGCUACAUACCCAGUAGCUUUUCUCCCAAACGGGUGGAGGCAGAGUAAAGCCUUCACUGAGGUGCAGAACAAUUGGGCGCCUCCUGGCUGUUUCUCUGCAGAAGCUCAGAAGCCAGGAGAUUUGGGGAAGGGGGAUAAAUGCGCAAGAAGAGACCAGGAUGCCAGGCUGACUUUUCUCCCUUGCCUAGCCGGCUAGACACCCCCAGGAUUUGGCCUCCCUCCCACAGCCAAGAGGAUAACCAACUUAGCACAUAAAAAAUAGCCUUUUUCAUUAGCGGGUGGCCAGCAGGAGUAGUCUGGAAUAACCAGGUUUGAUAUUCCUCCUCUUCCGCCUGAGAGCAGCAAGACUCUUCCCAACCCUCCUUCUCCCAGAUCAGCCCUUUCAUGGGAAUGCAGAGCGCAGGGCAGCUGCCUCGGGUGGGGUUUUUUUGGGGGGUGGAGCCUAGUGACCAGGUUGCCCUCCUUGCCAUCCAUUCACUUCCCACUUCCUUCCUAAGAAGGUGAGGAAACGCUAGGUCUCCAUAAAGGAGGGGAGAGAUCUGGGCAGCCCGGUGUGUGGAGGGGGGCACCCCUUCCUCUUCCCUCUCCACCCCCCUGCUCCGCAUCCCUCCACUCUCCUGCCUUUCCCCCUGCCCCUCUCUUCUCCCCCCUUCCCCCUUCCUCCACGUGGACCAGCUAUUUUCAAGAAAGUGCUACUGGGAAAAGAAUCCUUUCCCUUGCCAGGAAUGCACACCGAGGAAUGCCUGGGCUGUUCCAAGAGCAACUUCCAGACGUGUGGCUGAGUGACGGCAGCUCCUUGUGGAGUGGGGAGAGGACUAUGGCGGGGGGGGGGAGUAGAGGGCUGCAGCCUCCUUUGUGAGUAAGCGCUCAGGCUGAUGUGUUAACUACACGGGAGGCGGAGGGAGGGGAUGGAUGGAUGGCUACUGGCUGCUUCCACAGAGGAGGGAAAAAACUCCCCUGGAGCAGCUCUUGGCUGCUGCCCUCUGCCUUGGCAGGCGCUUGAAAUCCAAGCAAGGAAGGGGGUGUUGAUUGUCUUGCCCUGACCUUUGUGGUGGCAGCAGCAGCAGAUUCACCAGGCACCCCCAGCCCUUCUCAGCCCUCUCCUGGCAGGCCAGCUUGACCUCUUCCCCAGUUCAAAAGAAAAGGCUCGAAAUUCUGCUCCAAGAGGAUUCUGCCCAACCCGCCAUUGUGUUUCUGAGGACUUUGCAAGAGAAGCUUGAAGCCCACCAGACACACGGCACUUGGCAAAGCCGCGGGGGACCGAAGCAAGUGGGAGCUGAGACCUGAGGUUGACACCAGAGCAGGAUGCUGCUCUGGCCAGUUAUUUCCCUCUUGGUGUGGGUGCUUGGAACCUUGGGGGGGGGGGGCUUUCCAGUGAUUCCAUGCCAAAGGCAACUGGUAGGCAGAAAAUAUGUACCUGGCAGCCUGCUAGCCAAGAAGGAAUGCAGGGGGUGGCAUCAGGACGGAUGAACUGUUUGUUCCUUGCAAGGCCUGCUGUAAUCCAGGAGUGCAGCUGGGAUCACCAGCCAGUGUUGUGGCUAAGGCAGCAGCACCCCAGACACUUCUCCCUGGCGCAGUGCGCAGAGGGGCUCUGCAGUGCUCUUUGCACGCGCAGCCUGGUCAUGCCGGGGGAAUGCCUUGGAAGGGAGUCAGUUGGACGUCCUUGGAGCUGGCAUCCUCCUCCUCCUCCUCCUCCUCCUCCUCCCCAGGCCUAGCCAAACCUUCCCGGCUGGAAAAUUCCUGGCAGGACCCUAGAAAGGGAGACCAGGGGUGCUGAGUGGAUAGACCAGGGGAGCGCCUCUCUCUCUCUCUUCCGGGGACCUUAACCACCCAUUUCCACCACCGUCACCCCAGCCACUUGUUGCUUCCUGUGUGUGCGCUUAUGGGAACCAGAUGGUGCAGCCUCUGAGUAUGCAAGGGCAGAGGUCACAUUCACACCUCCCUCCCAGACAGCCUUUAAUUGGGAGGAGGGGUCCCCCUUCUCUCGUGCACUUUGCCCUUGAGCAAGAGGGAGAGGGGGUGGUGUGUGUGUGUGAGAGAGAGAGAGAGAGAGAGCGCGCAAUGGCUGUAAGAAGUCAAACAAGGAGAUCUAUCUAUCUGUAUAUCUCCACCCCCCGCCCCCCGGGAAGGGGUUUCUGUCUGGUUUUCUUCACUCUCCCCCAUCACCACAUGUGCCACCCCCGUUUCCCGCAGAAGAGGAUGGGUUGGGGGGUGCUCCCUGGGGUGCCCUCCAGUCUCACACCCAAAGGCAAAGGAGCUGCUUCUCCUGCCUCCUCUGCUCCCUCUUUCCAGAGCAUGCCAAAAGUGGUAAAUUCAGUUGUGUCUGCAGUGGCCUUUUGGGUUCCAGUUUGAUGGAGCUGAGGAGCCCAUGAAUGAAGGGCUUGACAUCUCCCACCUCUGGGGGGAAAGAGCUUUAGAUAUCCGCAAGCGUCUGUGCCUUAAACCAAACCUUGGGCACAUUGCAUUCUGGGACACAUGGUCUGCCUUGACGUGCUUCUCCAGAUGUGUUUCCAGCGGUGUCCUUUGGCAAGUCAAGAUGCUACACACUCACAGUGGUGAUGGUGGUUUUGCCACCUAAAGGUGGCAAUCUAAUCAGCAUGUGGGGGGGGGGAAUGUAGACUGAGUUCCGCUUUCCCAGCCGGGGGCCAAUCCAGCGAAGAUGGAAUCGCAGCAGAUGCGGAGCUGGCCGAGCCCAGAGCUGGGGGCUGCCAGCCCUGCGAGUGCUGGAAAGUGUGAGGCUCCCUCCUCUGCGCACGGCUGCUGACCACCCCCACCCCCUCUUUACUUUAACAAGUUUCUGAAGGGCGCCCAUAAAUCCCCAGCUCUGCCUUUAAUGAGCCGCUUGCCGCACUCGGUGGUGGCGCCCGGCCGUGGUUCCAAUCAUGGAGCCAUUAGAGGCAGCAGCUGAGUGUAACCCACCCAGCCCUUUUUCGGGAUUUGCCAGAUGCCGGCCUUGAUGGGCCUCCCGCCUCCCCACACACACCCCGGCAGAGGAACCGAGGGGUGGCCAUGCUGGUAAGAGAGGCACAGGAGGAGGAGGAGGAAGAAGAGGAGGCUUUGCCCCCUGGCGGGAGCCCUGAAGCCAUAGGCUGCCCUUCCUGCUGGCCUUGUUCCACUUGCCCCGGCUGGCUUGGAGGCUGCCUUGUGCCAGGGCAGCCCACUUAGGCGCAUGCUGUCUUUUCAAACAGGCAGCCUCUUCAGCUGCAAAGAGGUCUUUCCCAGCCCUGCUCCUUGGUCCUGUUCGCUGGAGAGAGAGGGGCUAUCCAGGGAUUGCAUCUGGGACCUUCUGCGUACAAAGCAGGGCCUCCUCCCUGCAUGCCGUCAGGAGGGAGGAGGGAAGCUGGUUGCAUCUGGUGUUAUUUUCAUGGUCCCCUCGGAACGUCUUCAGAAGCAUCCCUCCGAGUCCGUGGUACAGGCCAGGCCAACCCAUUGCUCUGCCCCACCUUCACCUGUGGUGGCUGAAGCUCCUCAUUACUCUGACACACCUGGCUCCCUUAUGAAGCCGUCCCUACCAGAUGGUGCCAGCUGCAAGCCAGCAGGCUGGGUGAGGUUGCCUUCAUUGGGUGGGUAGGGAGAGGCUGUCAGCAGGCAUUGUGGUUCUCUCUCUCUGCCUCUGCAUCCACCCUGCCUGGUUUGGGGGUGCAGUCAGGAUUUGAGGCCAAGCCAGGGGUGGCGCUGAGCAGUCUUGGUUUCCCUUGGACAUCCUGCAAGAGCCCAUUCAUGGGUGAGGGAGGGGAGCAGGUUUGGACCUGCCAUUGUGGGAUGUGUGUGCGAGAGAGAUGCCCUCCAGACCUUCCCCUGAACCUGAGCAGCUGCCUUCAGGCCUCCAGAGCUGGCUUUUGUCUUAUCCCUCGCCCUCUUCCUCCUCCAGGACAUCCGCAACACAGUGGGCAACAUCCCCAUGGAGUGGUACCAGGACUUCCCCCACAUUGGCUAUGACUUGGAUGGGAAGAAGAUCUACAGGCCCAUCCGCACCAAGGAUGAGCUGGACAAGUUUUUGGAGAAGAUGGAGAGCCCUGACUACUGGUGAGGGGCUCUGAGCUGGCAGAGGAUGGCAAGGGGAGGGGGUCAGACAGGGCUGAGACCGAGAAAGUGUGCCCAGCACAGGGCUAGCCUGAGACUCGGGUCCUGCCAGCAACUCAGGCCCUUAUAGUUCUGCCACCUGUGCCAACAAGGGCUGGUCGGCAGGGUGGGCAGCCUGUCUCUCCCCCCCUUCACCCUCCCCUUUCACCCCACCCCAGGCGGACGGUCCAGGACAAGAUGACCGGAGUGGACAUCAAGCUAUCUGACGAGCAGGUGGAUCUGGUGCACCGUCUCCAGAGGGGCCAGUUUGGGGACGUAAAUUUCAACCCAUACGAGGUAAGGAAAGGCCUGCCGCCCAAUGGCAAUGAGGCUCCUCCUCUUGCCCCGCCACUCUUCAGCUCUGCCCUCCUAAGCCCCGCCUCUCUUGCAGCCCGCCAUCGACUUCUUCAGCAGCCAGGUGAUGAUCCAUCCUGUGACGAACCGCCCAGCCGACAAGCGGAGCUUCAUCCCCUCCCUCAUUGAGAAGGAGAAGGUGAGCAGGAGAGGGAGGGAAGGGAGGGGUCUGGGCCAGGCGUCUCCCAUCAAGCACAGGUUGUGCGGGGGGACAGAAGAUUCAGGCAUUAUGAGGCCUGGCUCUCCAGGCCAGGCUGGAGUCCUACCCAGAUCUCAUGAGGUGCUCUUAUUAAUCCCCAUAUGCUCCUCCCCAACUAGAGGGCCCCUCCAUCAGUAUACCCUGGAGGCAGCCCUGCCCCUGAGGAGCCCCAUGCUGGAAAUGCCUUGAGCCACAGCGAGCAUUUGGCUCUGGGCACAGAAGCCAGGGCACUGAACUGGCUACAGCAGUUACUGCACACCAAGAUGUUGCUGGUCAAGCCUGGUCAGAAGAGACAUCCACUCAGUGCAAAACAUGACCUCUGCAUCAGCCAGCUGCUCCCCAGGCAGGUGGAGGCACCUGGUCCUAAACGUUCGCCUGCGGCAAUUCUGGGUCCAGCAAGGGGCCCUGGGGGGCUUGCCAGCACUCUCUGCCCCUGAAAACACUCACUAGCGUGCAGAAAGCAACAUCUGGGCCAGGGGUCAGCAAACUUUUUUUGGAGGGGGCCGGUUCACCGUCCCCCAGACCUUGUGGCGGGCCAGACUGCACGCGCGGCAGAGAGGGCUUUUCUCUCUCCCCCAGCCCCUCCCCUCCCCCUGUCUACCUAUGGUGCUGCCGGUGCAAGGGUGGGCUGGCUCCAGAGAGGCUCAGUAGACUGCAGCUCCUGUGCCUGCCCUCGCGAGCGGCAGAGGGACGAUUGGCCCGAAUGGGCUGUCUGGCUCCGGAGAGGUGCUGCCCAAAAUGGCACUCAGCCCAUCCCCCUUCCUCCUCUACACAGGGCGGGGAGAAGUCAGGAGGAGGCGCCACGGUGUGUGAUUAACGAAAAAAAUUAAGGAAGGAAUCCACACAAUCCAUGGACCGGAUCCUGAGGGCAAUUGGGCCGGAUGCAGCCCGUGGCCGUAGUUUGCCAACCCCUGAUUUAGGCAGUCAGGAAAGCUUAAAUGUACCUGAGCAAGAAGAAAGUUUAUUGCCUGGAACACAGGAAAACAAGGAAAUUGUUAGUGUUAAAAAGCAGGUUCCUAGGAAGGAAGCAAUUCUGUGGCCCCACUUGAGGAAAAGUCUCUGGCCAAGGGGAGCCUUGAGCACCAUGAAGGCAGCCUCUUCCCAGGUUCUCCUUACACCCACAGGGAGGAACAGGCAGCUGUCUCUCCUGGCUCCAAAGGCCUUUGCCAGGAGCUGCUUCCUUACUGAGCAGGUCCCCAUUUGCAGGUCUCCAAGUUGGUCCACGCCAUCAAGAUGGGCUGGAUCAAGCCCCGGAAGCCCAAGGAGGACACGCCGGCUUUCUAUGACCUUUGGGCUCAGGAAGAUCCCAAUUCCAUCCUGGGCCGGCACAAGAUGCAUGUUCCUGCCCCCAAGCUCCCUCUGCCCGGCCAUGAGGAAUCGUACAACCCUCCGCCAGAGUACCUCCCUACGGAGGAAGAGGUGAGCCGGAAGGAGGCGGAGCAGGCUGGGGUGUGUUUGGAUCAGGGAAAGAGAGUCUGUGGGCCCCACUCAGGUGGGGAGGCAGAACACACAGAGGGUCUCCUGGGGUCCCAUCUCCAGCUGCUUUUCUACUUCCAGGUGACCUCGGUCUCUUUCUCUCCCUCUUCCUGCAGAAGCUGGCCUGGGAGCAGCAGGAGCCUUCGGAGCGCAAGCUGAACUUUGUGCCCCGCCGGCAUGACUGUCUUCGCCGGGUGCCUGCCUACCCCCGCUUCAUCCACGAGCGCUUUGAGCGCUGCCUGGACCUCUACCUCUGCCCACGCCAGAGGAAGAUGCGGGUAUGUAGAAGCCGCGGGUCUCUCCCAGGGUGGGGGUGGCCGGGAAGGCAGGUCGGCUGGGACCAAGGUCUGCCUGCCUCCCCCGGGUGGGACGGGAUGAUGAACAAAUGAAGGAAUAUGCCACUCACCUUCCCAGAUGGCUUCUAAGCGGCUUGCAAGUACAAAAUCCACACCAAAUUAAAAUCCACAGUGGAACAGUUCCACCAAAACAUUAAACACAUCCAUAAAAUGUACACUAACACAAGGCAGUUAAGGGGCAGGACUGGAACAGAGUCGCCACCUGAGAUGCUGGUGUGCAGGAGAGUGGCAGGGGUCUCGGCAGUCACAAAGCUGAGACUGCAAAGGUCGUUCCGGCUUCCAGAGGCAGACAUCUCCUCUGGAAGGAGGAGGUGGCAGAGAUAUGCCCUCCUGGGAGCCUGCGCAAAGGAGUCUGGCCUCUCCGCUUAAGGCAAGCUGCCUUCCUGGAGCAGAGGGCCCCGUGGAAGGCGGGAGCCCUUGGCAUGCCGUUUGCUCACAGCUUCCUUCUCUUCUAGGUCAACGUGGAUCCUGAGGAUUUGAUCCCCAAACUGCCCAAGCCGCGGGAUCUGCAGCCGUUCCCCACCGUGCAGGCCUUGGUAAGGCUUCGGAGGGACCCCACCAAGGGGAGGCAGGGCCCCCCUCUGGCUUUUAUGCUGUGGGUGGGAGCAGGGUAUAGAAGUCAAGUCUGUAAAUGAGGGAAGAGACAGCCAGGGGUCCAGUACUGCCCUGGUCAAUGGAGUGGGCAGUGAGAGCGCCGUGUGAGGAGUCUCUGGCCCAUCCUUCCAGCCUUGCCUGCUUCACUCCCCUCCUUCUCUCGCCAGGUCUAUCGUGGCCACACCAGCCUGGUGCGCUGCCUCAGCGUCUCCCCCAGUGGACAGUGGCUGGCCUCAGGUAAGCAGCAGCUCUGGACGGGCACCGGGAGCACAAGCCGCUUCUCGGUGGGGAGGGGAGCAGGGGCCACUUACCCCUGCCCACCCUCACCCUGGUUGUGCCUGGGGUUGCGCAGGUUCCGAUGACGGGACGGUGAAGUUCUGGGAGGUCUGCACGGCCCGGUGUGUGAAGACCCUCCCAGUGGAAGGCGCAGUGAAGAGCUUGGCUUGGAACCCCAACCCCACUGUCUGCCUGGUGGGCAUUGCCGUGUGAGUACCCUCUCCCUUCUGGGAGCAGCCAAGGCGGAGAAUCCUUCAGGGCGGAGGAGGGAAGGCAGCAGGGUCUCUGAAGGAUCUGCAGACAGGGCUCUUUUGGCUGGGUGAAUGGCACAAAAGGGAUCCUAAGGGAAAGGCCAGCUCCUGCUUGGUGUCCUUCGGGAAGCGGUCACAAACAAAACUGCCCAUGUCACCCUGGCAGGGCCUUUACGCAAACCUUGUGGCAGUUCAGCUAGAGAUGCUGAGCACGGUUCUGCCACCUCCUCAAAAGGAGGAGAUGGUGCAGCUGGGAAGGGGGCCUGCCAUGGGGAAGACGCUGGGACCCUUCUGCAUGGGGCCACUCUUAAGCAGUGGGGGAGGUGACAGCGUAGUUUGUGAACUCUUGAGAGAGGACAAAUGCACAGACACCCCCAGGAUCCUCAAACUCUGGGCAGGGGGAGAGGGAGGUCGUCCCAUGAAGCUGCCUGUCAGGAGACAGAGGAGCCCCUUCUUCACACAGCAUGUCCCCCCCGCCUGGGGUCUGUUGCUGCUGCAAGAUGCGCUGAGCACCCACUUAGGCAGCUCCAAAAGAGGGCUGUGAGGGUUCGUGCACAGAGGAAGGACUGUCUUGCGCAGGGUGGCUGGACGGGAGCUCCAGGGGCAGAGGCAGCCUGUGCCACCAAAAGGCUUGGACGGGUGGACAGCAGAAGAGGGCUACUCCCAUCGUGUCCUGCUUGUGGGGAACCUGUGGCACAUCUGGCCGGCCUCUGGUUCCUUCUGUUAAAAUGUUUGCAUGCCCCCUUUUGGCAGCUUUCAGUACAGCCAGUAAAACUGGGCCCAGAACGUGGGACUUGAGGAGCCCCUUCUGAUCCCGCCCAGCCACACACAGUCCUUGUGCCACACGCCAGGUUUCUUCUGGGGGCUCCAGGCCGCAUUGGCUGGGACCGUUGCUUCUCUGCGCCCCUGGGACCCAGCAAGCACAAUGUCCUCCUCCUCCUCACCUUUUCCAUUCCUCUCCUUGCAGGGAGCAGUCGGUGCUCCUGGUGAACCCCAGCCUUGGGGACAAGCUGCUGUAUGGGGCCACUGACCAGCUCCUGGAUGCCUACGUGCCCCCCGAGGAGGAGCGGCCACAGCCUGUCACCUGGGAGGAGGCAACCGGAGAGGAGAGGAGCCGGGGCGUGCGCCUCAUUGUCCGGCAUGGGAAGGUACCCAAGGAGAGGAAGGGGGGCGUUGAAGCCCAGGGUGGGAGGAGGCUUUUGCUAUGGGGGCUGGACUCUCCCUGCUCUGCUAAGCCCAAAGCAAGGAGGGGAGCCACCUCUCUGCUGAUGAACCUUAUUUAUGUCACAUCUAAGAAACGGUGUGUGUGUGGUGAUGUUUGCCUGCACACACCCAGAGCCUUGUCUUGCCUCCCUCCCUCCCUCCUGCAGUCCCUGAAGCAGGUGACGUGGCACGCGAAAGGCGACUACUUUGCCACGGUGGUGCAGGACAACAGCCACCUGCAGGUGCUGAUCCACCAGGCCAGCAAGCGCUGGAGCCAGGCGCCCUUCCGGCGCAGCAAGGGCCAAGUGCAGCGCGUCCUCUUCCACCCGCUGAGGCCCUUCUUCUUCGUGGCCACGCAGCGCUUCAUCCGCGUCUACAACCUCCUCAAGCAGGAGCUCACCAAGAAGCUGCACGCCAACUGCCAGUGGGUCUCCAGUGUGGCCCUCCAUCCGGCAGGUGAGCGGAGCCUGGGCAGCGGUAGCAGCGUCCACAGGAACACCCACUUGGCACACAGGGGGCAGCUGGACAGGGGUGGGCAUGGUGGGCCCUCCGGGGGGGAGAUGCCUGCCCGCUGCCCCAGAGGACUUGAUGAGUUAAGCCUCCCCUGGGUGCUGCCCUCGCCCACCGGGACCAGACUGGAGCCGCAGCGCUCAGGCGUCCUUAGGGGGAGGCUCCUGCUGAAGGCUCCCUGCUUCCUUCCCCCCUCAGGUGACAACCUGAUCUGCGGCAGCUACGACAGCAAACUCACCUGGUUUGAUCUGGACCUGUCCACCAAGCCCUACCGGGUGCUGAGGUCAGUCAGCAGAGAAGCCAGGGAUGGGCGCAGGGCCAAGGCGGGUCUGGGUGGAGGGCCUCUAGGCUCCCCUUUCCCACCCACCGCCCAAAGACCUGCUGCUGCUGCCCUUGACUGGCUGUGUGGCUGCAGAGGUGGGCAGGCAGGUCCAGCCCCCUCCUGUAUCCACUCCAGCUGUUGCCUCCCAGUGGACGUUGGAUGGAUCUCAAUUCACACCCCCAUUCGCCAGCAUAACCCCUCCCCAUGCAGAGAAGUAAAGCAGGUUGCCCGCAAGGCGGUGGUGCCCUGCUGUCUUGGGAAUGGCCCUGAAAGGAAUCUUACAAUGGCCGCCCAUUUCUAGAGCACCCCUUGGGAUAGUUGCUGGAGGGCGAGGCUGACCUCCCUUGGCCAGACUCCCUGCCUCUAUCCCACUGUAGACUCACUCUUGUGCAGAUUUACUGCGUCUCCCUCUCACACGCGCUUGCUGGCAGAAGGAGGGGUGAGAGGCAAAGAAACCCCCCAUCCCUGUCCUUGCACGGAGGUUCUCCCACUGGGGCUUGCGAAGCAACAGAGGAGCACCGCCGUGGCUGGAUGAGGCUGACCUUCUCUCUCCCGGCAGGCACCACAAGGCAGCGCUGAGGGCCGUGGCUUUCCACCCCCACUACCCGCUCUUUGCCUCUGGCUCAGACGACGGCAGCGUCAUCGUUUGCCAUGGCAUGGUUUACAAGUGAGUAGGAGGGGGAGGGUGGGGGGUGGAAGGAUUGUGGGGUAAACCCUCCUGCAUAAGAGCCAGUGUGUGAGAGGGAAUCAAACUCCUCCCCCCCCUCCCCUAUGCAGUGACCUGCUUCAGAAUCCGCUCAUCGUUCCGGUGAAAGUGCUGAAGGGCCACGCGCUCACCCACGACCUGGGGGUCCUGGACGUCGUCUUCCACCCCAGCCAGCCCUGGGUCUUCUCUGCAGGCGCAGAUGCCACCGUCCGGCUCUUCACGUAACCUCCCUCCCCGGGUGGGACUGCGCAUCCUGACUCGCUUUCCCAGGGCAGCGGAAGUGCCCUGGGCAGAGACUGAAGCCUGAAAUACUUGUUUUAUGAUUAAAUGGUUUAGAUACAUGAUCGUGGAUGGGCUCCUUUGUCCCAGGAAAGGAAGGAUCCCUAAAAAAUAGAGGGCAGAGCUGACGG